CUCACACACGCCAUUCCGGAAGUAAGGACGGAAGCCGACGCGGGACCUGCCCCGUUUUGUUGUGUGUUUCGCCUUUUCCUUCAACACGCGUUUGGAUGGGAAGGAGAGGCUAGGCUCCCCAUCGCGGCGGCGACGAAUCUUGAGGCCUCUGUUGGACAGCCAUGGAGGACGAUGCUCCGGUGAUCUAUGGGCUGGAGUUCCAGGUAAGAAGGAACGGGAAGCACCUGCUGUUUGUUCCUCUCAGGGGCGGUAAAUGAAGCACCGGCGCACGGGUUGUUUGAGGGAACGUGUGGACGGCGCGCAUCCUUAAAGAAGCGUGCUCGAAGCUUUCGCAGGCUUGGCAAAACCAGUCCAACCAGCUAAACCAGUUGACUGCCCGCAAUAAGAAAACGGAACCACGCCUUCCAAAUAAAUAAGCGCCAUGGGUAUUGAGGAGUAACUGUGAAGGGCAUAGGAGCCAACUCCUACAUCUCCGAGAUCCUUUUGGCCUCCCCCACCCAAUAAAAUAGGGAUGCGGGUGGCGCUGUGGGUUAAUGUUUUAAUGUUGUAUUUUAAUCUUGUUUUUAAGUUGUAUUCAUUCAACUUGUUUUUAUUAUUGCCUGUUAGCCGCCCUGAACCCGGCCUUGGCUGGGGAGGGCGGGGUAUAAAUAAAAUUUAUUAUUAUUAUUAUUAUUAAACCAUAGAGCCUAGGACUUGCCGAUCAGAAGGUCAGCGGUUCGAAUCCCCGCAACAGGGUGAGCUCCCGUUGCUCGGUCCCUGCUCCUGCCCACCUAGCAGUUCGAAAGCACGUCAAAGUGCAAGUAGAUAAAUAGGUACCGCUCCAGCAGGAAGGUAAACGGUGUUUCCAUGCGCUCCUCUGGUUCGCCAGAAGCGGCUUAGUCAUGCUGGCCACAUGACCCGGAAGCUGUACGCUGGUUCCCUCAGCCAAUAAAGCGAGAUGAGCGCCGCAACCCCAGAGUCGGUCACGACUGGACCUAAUGGUCAGGGGUCCCUUUACCUUUACCUAAUAAAAUACCUGAGGAGGCCACUCCCCCCAAGGUUGAUGUCAUUGCCAUUCAAAUGGUGUCCAUGCACUGCAAUUUAUGAUAAAUCAUAUGGGGCAGGGCUUACUUUCCCUCCCCACAAUAUCUUGUUUCAAGUUGGCACCCCUGGUGAAGGGGGGUUGGUGUGCACCAACCUUGCACAGCUUUCCCCAACCUGGGGCCCUUUCAUGAAUUCUGGACUGCAGUUCUCAUGAUCUCUGGCCAUUGGCUGUGCUGACAGGGCAUGGUGGGAAUUAUAGGCCAGAACAUCUGGAGGGUGCCAGGUUGUGGAUGGGAAGCUGAGAUUCUGCCUGUUUCUGGUUGAUUCUGCUUGAAUUUCUCAGCUCGAGAGCGAAUUCAGUUCUACAACUUUUGCCUUUCAACUUGGUGAAGCUAAUUUGGAGCGUGCUGUCAACGUUGCAGGGGAGAGGCGGUGAUGGUGUCAGUGUUCUUUUUCUCAUUUGGUGCUUUUCAGAAUGUAUGGUAUACAAAUAUGGUAUACAAAUACAUCACACUCAGGAAAAUAGGGUGUUUUCAAGAAGAUAUAUUCCAUUUCUUGAAUGUUCACAUUUGAUUAAAUGGGUGCCAUACUGUUAUAAAAUGAUUGAUUUGAAAUUGUUUUGUACUGGGUUAGGGAACUGGAUCCGGCCAGCAUGCUGGUUCUUGGGUUCCCCCAAUCCUGGUGAACCACUUUGACAGGUGGGCAGGCCUUUGCCCACCUGUCAAUUACUUGAUGUCACUGUGCUAUUAGUAUUAACUUUGUAGGAUGACAAGCCACACCGCAAAGUAAAAUCCAACACAUGUUAGCUGUUAGGUGGUGACUUCAGGCCUGUUUUCUGCAGGGAUUGGCUCCACAAUUUGAGUUUUCUGCACUUGAUCCAGCAGCAGGCUUGCUCUCAUCCCCAGCCAGCUGAUUCAGGAUAGCAAACUUCCCUUCCAGCACACCAUAUGUAUAGAACUUUCAAUCUCCUGAUUGUGCAUUGGCAACUUUUAGUUUACUUGUCCCAGAACUCAUGUCAGGUGAUGCUGGGUGUGGGCAAAUGGAAGUGGCUUUGAAAAAACAGCUGUGUGGACCAAAUUGAGAACUGUGCUAGACCUAAUUAGGGUUGUGGGCUUGAGGUUCCCCACUCCUGGUUUAAUGCGCUUCCUUUAAACCAUGGGCGCAGCACCUACACAUGGAAGAACCAGAUAAAGCUCAUUGAGGUCCUGUUCUUUGCUCUCCCCCAUUGGUGGUCAUGUACGUGCAGAGCAUGAUAGGACAUUGAGACAAUGGAGGGGAGGUCUGUGUUGACCUGAAUUCUCCUCCUCUCCAUAUCACGCAAGUCACUGUAGGUUAGAUUACUGUAAUGUAUUCUGCAUGGGACUGCUUUUGAAGACUAUUUGGAAACCACAGUUAGCUUAGACUUCAGUUGCAAGGUAUCUGAUGGGAUUUGUACCUUGGUUUAGCAUUAUAAGGGCAAGCAUGUACAAACCUUGAGCCUCUUCCUUCUCCUUUGAUAUGGCAGGAAGGAAGAGAUGAGAAAAAUGAAAUAUGAGCCCUACUAGAUCAAGUCAGUAGCCAAUCUACUCCAGCCUCCUGUUCUUAUAGCGGUCAAUCAGAUGUGCUUGGGAAGUCCAAAAGCAGGACUUGAACAGAAGAACGCUCUACCAUUCUGUUGCUUUUAGCAACUGGAACUUCCUGUUUCUCCUUUUGGUUAACCAUAGUUAAGGAUUCAGUUAAUUUAGUCUUGGCUUGUUUUGGUAGACCUUAGUUAAAACUAACCACAGUUUGCCAGCGUGCAGACUUUCCUGCAUUUAGUAAAAAAGGGAAGAGUAAGCUACCAAACUCCACCUAGUAGCCAUGUUGGGUUGGGAGAUUGCAGUGCCCGGGGCGUUUUCUUAUAAUGGCAUAGUAUAGCAGUGCAUGUGAAUGAGACCACUGGGACUGUGUGCCAGAGUCACAUCAUAAAUGUGCCAUCUCUAUUUUAUGCAUGCAUGCAGUGCUAUCAGGAAAACUCUGUUUCAAACUUGAACUAUUGUAAAUAUUUAACAGGUGGUCCAGUCUGUUUAGCUGCCAAAUUUAAGUUAUUCAGUAGGUGCCUAUUUUUUAAUUAACUAUUUUAAGCACGAAACAAAUCUCGACGUGAAAAUGUACAGGUGAGGUGUCUUGAAUUUUUUUUAAAAAAUUGCUUGCAGUUCUACGGUAAGUGGGUUGUAUUCAACUAAGUUUUAUUCAUAGUAGGCCCAUUGAAAUACAUAAACUUCAGUUAGUCCUGACCAUUUAAAUUUAAAAGUUAGUGGAAUAAAACUGUAUGGAAUCUGGAAAUCUUGGGUUUGAUUAAUCAUGCUUAGUUCCCAUUGUAAUCAGUAGAAUUUGUUAGUCAUAACUAACUUUUUAUGUUUAUUUCAGUGGAACCUUGGUUUAAGUAACUUAGUUUGGACCCAGUCCAUUAUGUUUUGCUGUAAAACCUACAAAAAUAUUAAAUUACACAGAUGCAACACAUUGUGCAGCAUAUGAGGGUUGUUUCUUGUGCAGGAAAUAAGUUUAAAAUAUAAAGUAAAAGAUUAUAUUUUCAGUUACUUGGUCUACAGUUUCCCCCAGUUGCUGUUUCUACAAAAACUUCUACCUUGAACAUUUGUGCAGUUGCUCUUGCAUUCUGUGCAUCUUUUUCAUGGAUGAGAUGGUUCUCUAAAAUUAAUUUUGGAAAUGUGUCUAACACUAGAAGCAUGGCAAUUUUACUCAUGAGCCUAUCACACUUCUAUACCAAGCAUGCCUUUGGGAAGUUUGGAGAAAAUAAAUCUAUGUAACAAAGAACUUGCAUUAAAAAAAAAAAGUCAAAAUACAGAUGGACUAAAUGUCAAAAACACCGUUCUUGGUAACUGAUGUCCUGCAUGUUCCAAGAUACUAAAAUGUGUUUGAUAUUAUUGUAUUUUUAUCCUCCCCCCCCCCCCCCAGGCACGAGCUUUAACACCCCAGACCGCAGAAACAGAUGCAAUACGGUUUCUGGUUGGAACUCAGUCUCUUAAAUAUGAUAAUCAGGUAAACUUGUAUGAAAAAUGUAUUAAAAUAGAAUCGGAAAUGUUUUAAAAGUCUUCAGUGGGAUAAUGAUUUUUGCUUGCCAAAUUGAAGUUUUAAAUGUAGUGCUGUUUUUAAAAAUAUUGGAUGUGAUCUUGAACGGUAUUUGGUUGUAAAGUUCUGUGUUAAGAAUAGAGCUGGGGAUGGUGAGGAAAAUCCUAAUCAUUCUAAUGUUAAAUAAUGGUUAAAGGAGGGUCUUUGAGGCUACAGAAUGCUUAUAUAGUUAGUUGGACUCUGUAAUCUGCACCUAGGAGCAAGCCCCACUGAACUCAAUGUGGCUUUUUUCUGAGUAGACCUGUGCUGUAAAAAGCAUUCUGAUGUAACUUAAUUUCUCUGCAGUGAGAAAUGACGAAUGGAAGAACAUGGUUCAUUGAUGAACCUGCACAACAGUUUAAAACUUUAUGCUUGGUUUCUGAGUCUCAGCCAAGCCUGUUCAGAAUCAAUGAUGAAAUAAAACAAGCAAGUUGCUGGAACUGUUUGUUUGCCACCUUUCUAAUAUGAUAAACAUGUCUAAAAAGGAAAAACAAGAACUUAGUGAAGCUUUAUAGUUAUUUGAACAGUUUACCUUGGGGCACAUCUGUUGGUACAAGGCUGGAAAAUAUGUUUUGGGAGGCAACAGAAACACUCCCUUCCUCUUCUCCCACUGCAUGCCCCCUGAAAUCUGUUGAGGGAGGGUCCCCCAACCCUUUGAAUCAGAUUUGGGGAGGGCACAGGGUGCCAAGCAUGGAGAAGGAAGGGAAUUCCUGUUGCCCUAAUGCAAAUAUUUAGUUCCAUACUGCCCAAUAUGCUUCUUUUUGUGAUGGUGGGGAAAUCAGACCUGCUCACUAAGAUAUAUUGGUAUAUCUUCUCUCUUAUAAUUAGUAAAUGUUGUUGGAGACACGGGACUCUGGUUUUUCCCCAUGACAGCUUCUCCCAGAAUACCCCAUAACAGGUUGUAGAUGCCAUUAUGUGAAGUAAUUUCACCGUGUAAUUUCACCUGCUCCAUUCCAUGACAGGGGAGUGACUUGAUGGCGUGUUGUGGGAUGAGUGCUAUUAUACAUAGUGGGAAGAACUUGAGAUGGGGAUGCCAUUUUUUGUAGGAUCACAUCUUGGAUUAUAUGUACCGUAUUUUUCACUCCAUAAGAUGCACCUAGUUUUGAAAGGGGGAAAGCCCUGUUUUUUUGAGGAUCAGCUCAAAGUUGUGCAGCUUCUUUUGCAAAGGGGAAAAGCCCCUUUUUUUUUGAGGAUCAGCUCAAAGUUGUGCAGCUUCUUUUGCAAAGGGGAAAAGCCCCUUUUUUGAGGAUCAGCUCAAAAGUUGUUGAGCUUACUUUGCAAAGGGAAAAAAUCCUGUUUUUGUGGGGUUCAGCUCACAGUUCUGCAGCUUCUUUAGGAAAGGAAAGGGAGCCGUUUCUACAGUUUCCAGACAGAUAAUCUAAUCAGCCAGUCACAUGUCGCUGGGGAAACAAACAGCCUCCGUCUGCAGAACAUUCAACAAUGGAGGCCUGGGCAAGGGGGCGGGGCCAGAAAGGGAGCCAGCGAUCGACCACAUAUUUGCUCCAUAAGACGCACAGACAUUUCCCCUUACUUUUUAGGAGGAAAAAAGUGUGUCUUAUGGAGCGAAAAAUACGGUAGUUCCUUCCCUGCAGCUGAUGCCUAAAUGUAUAGUUUCCUGUAGCCGCAGAUACAAGUGUUUUGAAAAUACUCCAAGCCAUUAAAACUUUUGCAGGAGGAAAAUAUUGAUAGCACUCAAGCAGCCUGAUUGUAUCUGGGUAAUAAUUCUACUAUUGACUCCAAACGCUGUUUGAGCCUGCUUCUCCUUGCUCCCCACUGCCCCUGUCCUUUCCAUUUUAUGUCUUACCAGCAUUGAUAAUUGAGGUGCAGGGCACUUUCUCUGAGUGCUAAUGAGUUGAUAGGGUUAAUGGCCUUUAGCAGCGCUUGAAGCCAUCAGCUCCUCAGUCAGUCAUUAAUCCCUAAGAAGUGUCAGGAGCCUCUGUUGUUACUGCUUAAUUUAGCAGCGCUGGUCUCUACCUAGGUCAGGUAAUGGCCAUUCUUCCAACACUUUCCGGCAGAUGGUAGCUUGACAUCCAAGUUGCACUAACUAGGCUUCCACUCCUGGGCAGAGGUGUAUUGUGAAUGGAAUCCCUGAAAGGAAUUGCAUUGUCAUAAAGCAUUGGGGGGCGGAUGUGAUUUUUCAAUUGCAUUUAGUUCAUUUACAUUAAGCCAACACAAGCAAGUAUGGAGCCUGAUACAGGAUUUGGGUGUGAAAAUGCAGAGACAGGGCAGGCAAAGUGAUCCCUACUGCAUCUUCUACUUUAAGGUUGUUCACUGAGUACAUGUAAGAAAAAAGCACUUAAAAGGGUAUUUUUUAAAAAAAUGAAGAAUAAGAAUUGAAAAUAUAAUCAUGUUUCUAUCCUUGGGAUACAAGAUUGGUUUACUUUUUGUCUUAAUGGGUUUUGUUGUGUAAAAAUAUCUUCCACAGAGGAACAUUUACAAUACACAAGGAGGCUCUUAUUUGCCUGAAUAAGCUGCAUUUUUCAAACUUUUGAAACUGAGCUAUCUCUUUUUCUACUUUACCUGUUAGCCUUCUCCAACACACCUAUACUUUAACUAAAUUCAAACAAAUAUAUUGUCAGAACAGGAUGUCAAAAGCAGGUAGAAUUAAGAGAAGGGUUGGGGAACCUUUAAAGGCCUGAGGGACAUGUUCUCUUCUGGGCAACCAUCCGGAGGCCAAAUACCAUGGUUGGCCGGGUCAGAGGCAAAAGUGAGCGGAGCUGGUUUUUACACACACUUGCACACACUCUCCUCCAUCCAGAUCAAGUAAGAGAUGUUAGGGUUCAAGGGCACGUUCCAGCCAGGCAAAAAUACUUUGGCUACAAAGUAGGGUCACAGUGAGGGCUAUGGAUGGGAAGUGUUCCAGAGGCCAUCUAGAGAGGCUCAGUGCCUGAGUUUCCUUGCUCCUGUUCUAAACCACAAAGAGAUGGCAGGUUUCCUUCAAAACCAGUGUGGAAUUGUGGGACUUAGAGGUCAAUCCCUGCAUAUCUGCAGCCCUGUUCAGGGAAGUUUUUAAUGUGUGAUAUUUUAUUGUAUUUUUGGUUUCUAUGGAAGCCGCCCAGAGUGGUUGGGGAAACCCAGCCAGAUGGGCGGGGUACAAAUAAUAAAUAAUAAUAAUAAUAAUAAUAAUAAUAAUAAUAAUAAUUAUUAUUAUUAUUAUAUCUGAUAGGGAGCACUUGAGACAUUAGCCCCAUCCGGUUCUCCAGACAACCACAACUCUUCGCUGAAUCUCAUCUCUCUCUCUUUUCUUUUUUCUAUUUUCUGGGUAGCUUGCUGGAGGAGGAGCAUCAGUCUCUCUUGUCUGAAUGCAGGAGUUUGUUUAAAGCAGGGUUAGAUGGUUUGGUGCCCUCCAUAUGUUGUUGAACUCCCAACUCCCAGAAAUGACUAGCAAUGUUUCCUACCCCUGUAGCAAAAUAAAAGACCAAAUGAUUGAUUGAACGAUAAAACGAUUGUUGAAUUUUGGUCCACGCUUCCAAAACUGUGACAAUUGUGAGUGCUUGGAGAAAACAUAUCCUAGGAUAUAGGAUGUUUGACUGCCCUUCUUCCCACAGAAUGUUUCUGAUAUACCCGAGAGAGCUGUGUUGCAACACCUUGUCUGGUUUUGCCUUUUAAUGCUUUCCACGUCUCCAAGCCAAAAGAGUUAGGAAAAUAAUAAUAUUAAUAAUGAUAAAAUCCUAUGGAACCGGUGACAUGCUAUAUUUAAUAACACUUGUCCUCGGGGCCUGAUGUGGUUCUGAAUGAUGAUCACACCAGUGAGACGGAAGCUGCUGUGCCUGACUUUGAGGGACCUGAGAUAGGGCAGAAGGCACUUCUGGUUUAUGUGCUGCGUGACCCUCUUUAUAUGGUUAGUAGGGGCAUAUAAUACAUGUUGGUAGAGCAAAUUGAAUUUUGAUUUGUAGCUCACCUUUAGGGAAUCAAUUUCACUGCCAAGGAGACUACUUCAUAAUUUCAACAUGAGGCUUCCUGUUUUUAGAGGAGGCUGCGGGAGCAUAUAGAUGAAGCAGCCAGCCAGCCUGGUGCAAUCUGCUCUGCUCUAUUUUCAGCAAAGAUUUUGUUAAAAUUGUGCUCUGUUCAGGCUAAACACUAAAAGGGCUUUUUUGUAUUGUAGGCAUGCAGCUUAGGCAGACAUUGUGCAACAAGCUAGAUAGAACAUCUGUCUCUGGAUGCUCUUCUGGCUUCCAGCUUGCUUUAGUCUCAGAAUGGCUUUCUUAUUAUGUUAGCAAAUGGGAGAGGGAAAUGAGUUAAAGGGGUUUAUCUCAGGACAAUUGAUUGCAGAAACGAAUCCCUUGUGGUCUCUCCAGAGAAGCAAGCAAUUGUUAAAGCGUUUCAAAGCUUUCUCUGUGUUGGCAGGGUAUUGGCCUGAAAAAUAUUCCACCAUCACCCUUUUCUAUUUUGCCCAUGGCUUGUACUUGCAUAGCAUUUCCAUUUAAGGCAGAUGUGGCCCUCCAGAUUCUGUAGGGACCAUAACUCCCAAUAUCCCGGACCUCAGGCUAUUCUGGCUACUGAUGAUGGGGGUUGCAAACAAGCGGCAUCCUCAGGCUAGCCAUGCUCAAUAUACAUAGGAACAAAGGAUGCUGCCAUGCUGAGUUGAACCAUUAGUCCAUCUAGUUCAAUAUUGUCUGCAUACUGACUAGCUGCUGUUUUUCAGGGUUUCCGACUAAGAUUUCUCAGAGAUCUGGGGAUGCUGGGGAUUGAACUCGGGACAUUCUGCGAAUGCUCUGCUACGGAGUUAUGACUCUUCUCCUUAUUUAAGAUACAGGUGGCAAUAUUUCAUGUGGGAGUUCUUUUCCUGGCCCCCAUAUGUCUUGGCGAAGCACGUAUAAGCUCCCCCCUUCCACCCUCGUUCUGCCCUCUUUCAGGUCCAAAAGGACUAAUGCAUCAGCGAUCACACAUCAAUUGGAUGUGCCUAAAAUGGUCACCGCCUGUAAACAAGAACAGAGCAAGCUACUUUCCCCACAAUCUGAUGGGUUAAAACCCUGAUCCCUGCUAAAGUGAAGAACUUAGACAUCCUAAGUACAUGUGAACAAUUAGAUAACUUUGUAAGAUGUUGGGAGAAAGUUUUCUCACAUGCACUAGUGCAUCAGCACUGUUAGGUCAGCUUUCCUACAACAUUUCUUGAGUAGUAGCCAGCAGACAGAAGGAGUGACUUUUUUGGGGGGGGAGGGUUGCAUGCAACAGCUCUCAGGUUUCGUAAGUACAGUCUUCCAGUUAAGACGGGGAUAGGGGGCCCUGUGACCCUUCAGAUAUUGUUGGAGUACGACUUCCAUUUUCCCUGACCUUGCUGGCUGGGGUUGAUAGGAGCAAGAAUCCAACAACAUUUGGAAGGCUACAGGUUAAGGGGUCUCACGUUAGAAAGGUUGGGUAAGGUGUUUGAGCACUGCCAUCAGUCAUACCAAACAAUAUUGGCAUGUUAGUGUAUCUUAGUUUGGUAGCCUACCUUUGGGGGCCAAUGGGUGCCUUCUGAAUUUUGAGUAGGUGCCAUGGGCACCAGCCACAAAAGUUGCUGUGAGGGUGUGGCAGUACCCAAGAUGGCUGCUACAUCUAAAAAUGCCAGAAGAGAGGCACCUACAAUAAAACACCGACAGAAGCUCAUAGCACCUCUCCUCUGUUCAAAAGAGAAAGGAGGUUGGGUGCCCAGGCCUGUUAUCCAAUGAAAGAUGGGCAUGUGUUGAAGGGUACAUUUUUAGUUUAGGAGAAGCUGAACCAGGUUCAGGAAGCAGGAAGGUACUGGCUAGAAUACUAGUGCCUACAGGCACUGCAUUGGCAACCCCUGACUUAUCUUCCCAGUACCAACGUUCAGUAGUAAAAGGCUACAUGAGGACUUUGUAGUGAUGCUAUAUGACUCCUCCCCUCUUGUCUAGCAUGGAAAGCUAUUAGUUGUAUUUGUUCAAAUUCUGCUGUAAGAUAUGGGGUCUUCUCAUAGUCUAUGUUACUUGAAAAGGAGUUUGUAUGUUUUAAUGAGUGGGGAUUUAGUGACUAAAUCAACCUGCAUUUUGUAUUUCCUUAUAGAGACUCAUUACUGGUCUCCUUUAUUACCUGUUGCAGCUGUAGACAUAGCAUGGAAGAUCAGGGGUUUCUUGAUCAGCAUUUUCACUGAUAGUUGUUUUCAGUGACUCCUGUGCACCCAUUUUUCUGAAAUGAAACUGAUAGUAUGUUUCACACAGUUGUAAUGUAUGCUUCAGACCCCUCUGAAAAAAAAUAUGCAUGAAGUCCUAACGGUUCUUGUCUUGCAUUUGUAGAUUCACAUCAUAGAUUUUGAUGAUGAAAAUAACAUUAUAAACAAAAAUGUUCUUCUGCAUCAAGUUGGUGAAAUUUGGCACAUAAGUGCCAGUCCAGCUGACAAAGGUGUGCUUUCAACCUGCUACAGUAAAAGUAAGUGCAAUUUGAAGGCUUUCCUUUCCUCUCCUUUUCUUCUGUAAGACACUUAUCUGAGAGUGUAUAUAUGGUAUUGAAAUGCACAUUAUCUCUUCUAGUGGCAUUCAUGUUGGUUUGAGGGAUUACAUUCUAACUGCCAAUUUUUUAAUUGAUAAAUGAACUUAGUGGCUCUCUGAUCACUUAACUUUUGGCGCACAUGUCUGAUGCAUGGGAGGGGCUCCAAGCAGUGUUCAAAAUUAGCAAGGCGCCAGGUGCAUUUUGCACCUGCCUAUCAGCCACUUGUGACCAAGUGAAGAUGCCUGGUCACCAGGAUGGCACCUGACAUCUCCACCAUCUGAGGAUCAUUGGAUCUUGACAGUUUUCACACAGUUUUUACAUCCCUAUAAAAUUCUAUCAGUUAUCUUUUAUCUGCACAAUCGGAAUGAAUUUCAGGAUCCGAAAUGCUUUUUCUGUGCCGCCUGAGCAGGAUUGGUGAACAACGUUUUAGUUAAUUGUUGUAGUUUAUCUUACCCCACCCUCAUAUUCUUACGUUAUGAAUGGUCCAUGUCACCAUUAAGAAAAAGAGGUAGGAAUUGGCCAAUAUAUAUGUGGACAGUCCCUGGAUCAAGUGACUUUUCUUCUUUAAGUUCUCAAAGUUCUUAACCAAGCUCAAGGUUGUCAUCUGUAGUAGCCAGAUGUUUAACUGAGUGACAAUUGCAGUCAGUCCAUCAUUUGAAAAAUAAGACUUUAGAGCCAUCUUGCCCAAAAUGGCAACCAGAGAUUCUGUUUUGGUGACUGCAACCUUGGUUUAAAGAGGCAUUUGACACCUAGCCUAUAUAUCUGAGUUUCUAACGCUGGUUCCAAGAGAGAGAAGUAAAUUGCCAAGUUAGAUGAGAUACCUUUUAAAAAUGCUAAAGUGUCUUGGAAAGAUAUACUGUGCUGCUCUUUGUAAAGGGAAAAGUGGCUGAAAUAUUUAAUAAACUUAUUAAUUGUAAAACCCCGCACAGCGGUGAUGCAGUCUCUUCUGUGGUGGACAGUCACAGAGUAAGGAAGAAAAAUGUACCUUCAGGUGGGUAAAGUGGCUGUAGUGAGGCGAGCUUUCAGCUUAUAUACAACAAAGAAAAACAUCUGCACAAUGGUGAGUGAGCAGCAAUGGGUAUAUCAUGAGAAGACCCUUUUCCAUGUCCCCUGCUGCCCUGGGCUGCUAGAUCAUUAUAUCUGAAUUGCUAUAAAUCUUCUCACUUUGAGAAGGUGAAACGGCAAAAAGGAUAGUAGAUCAUCCUGGUACCAGAGUAGCUGGCAAAAUUAGAACAAUGAAGAGCUGACAAAGCACUGAGCAGAGAUAAAAUACAACCAGUGCACACCCUGCAAUACUUAAUUUUCACAGGUUUUGUUAAAGACUUGGGAACUCUGAGAAUGCUAGACCUGGGGGCAAACUGCAGAUCUGUAACCUUAGUCUCUUCUCUUCUGUUUUUUGGGGGAUGUAACUGUAGUAAGACCUUUACAGACUGUUCUGUAACUUCACAUCUAAUGCUGCCGAUAUCUUGGGCUAAGAUGCAAUUCUGCGUUAAAAUUGCAAUGUGUAUAUAACCAUUAUUACGACUGCUGUGUUGUGGAAAUGUAUGCAUGUAUAUAUGUCUAGUUUCACCGUGGAACGGACUGCACAGACCAGGGAAGGGGGUAUAAGUAAUGCUGAGCGCUGCUUUCAAUUUCACAUGUGUUCACAAAGAAGUCAAUUCUGUCCUAUUUCUGAAAUAAUCUUCCUUUUCCCCCACAUACAUCUGUAUGGCAAUAUCUAUUUAAACUUGUUUUUUUAAUCUCACUCUACACAUUUUAUAAAUAUACUUUACCUGUCUAUAUUUUUUGAGGUGAGCACGGUCAAAAAAUGCAGAGAAGUGCAAAAUCCAAAGAUAAUUAGGUUCCAAUCUGCACAUUAGUCCAUUAGGCGCAGAUCAGGUCAGUUCACAUUGGAGUUCAUGGAAAUUGAAUUCCUCAAGCAUCCCUAAUCCCGCUUGCCUUUGCUACCAUCUGCUUGCUUGCUUUUUUUCCACUCCGUUCUGCUGAACUCUCCCUGCCAUCACUGGUAUGACUUCAGGCACAUGGAAAUUCAAGCAGAAAGGCAUGGCAGUUGCUGCAAAUCAGCUGGCAAGGAGUUGCCAUGGCGUGUUAAGGGGUGUGUGUGUAUGAAUGACAGAAUCAGGGGAUUUCAGAAACUUCUGCUUUAUAACCUUUCUUAGUCCUACUGAAUUGUCACUCACCUCAGAAUCCUUUUAUAGGCUAUAGCUGGAGAUGAAAAAAUCCAGAAGCAUGUAUUUGCAAACUCAUUUCGCCCUUUCAGCAGUUUUAAAUAAGAACACUGUGUUGAGCGUUCCUUUAGAAUAUACCGAGAAUGUGAAAAUGAGAUGAGUCUGUUCAUAAUUAUAAUUUACUUACGCAGAUUGUCGAAUUAAGUGAGGUCUCUCUUUUAACUUUGCCAUUGGGCAAUCCAUUUGAAAGGGUUGGUUUGGGGAUAUUUUUUUGGAAUGCAAUAACUUUAUUGAACUUUGAGAUCAGAAUGGCAAGUUGGAGAGAUUCAAAUCGCCAUCCCCACAUCUACUUUCAAGGAAGAAAAGGGAAGGCGUAAAACACCAUUAGAUACAGUACUAGAAAUGAGCCAUCUCCCCACCCAGUGGAUAUUUCAUCCCUGCUGUUGGUACUUUCAUUCUCUGUCCUCUGCUGUGCUUUCAGACAUCAUGGAAACUUGUAGGGAGGCGAAAGGUCACAGGCCUUGCCAAGUGUUCAGUUGUAGGAGAUGUUUUCCAGAGAUCUCUAUACACAUAAUUGGUGGGAAAGAGAGUUCAUCUGCUUCAAGAGCGGAGGAGUCUGGUGGAGAAAGCAGGGGUGGAAGUGGCAAUUUUUCAGUAACUCAAAGUUACUGGGGUGAGGGGCAGUAUGCAUUGCUAGGAUGCAGGUGGUAGAAGCUGAGGAAGAAAAAUGAAAUAUCUGCUCAAGCACCUCUUAAAAAUAUGUAGUUGGCCAACAUGGGAUAAGAAAUUUGGAGCUAAUUUUUGAGCAUUAAUUUUUGUUCUUUAAGAUGACCAUCGUUGAAUCCCAGAUGGGCUAAGGAUUUCAUUGGUGGAGCAUUGGGAGGGAGGCUGGCUGCUGGUAGCCAUGAUUUUGGUUCAAGAAAAGUUCUCAGCUCACUGCUGUUGGUCUUCUGUUAAUUAUUUGGAUCCAUACAAUUCUUUAGAUGUUCUUGAGCAUCUCCAGAAUAUUCCUCUUCAUUUUCAACGUUCCUCUACAUGGAGGUGCUGCUGUUUCCCUGUAGUAAGUAAUGAAGGGGCUCAGCAACACUGAAGAAAACAUUCCACAGAUAAUACCGUACUGAUCUACUCAAGCCGUGUUGAGCAUAUUAGAUAUUAUGAGGAAUGGCUUCCAGAAAUCGGAAUUGAUCGUUGGAGAUGAAUUGUGAAAAAGGCACAUUUUACGUAUCUUCUGUUAGUGCAAGAUUUUGGCCUUGUGGGCAGAGGGGGUUAAAUAUGUAAACUAGUCUGAAACUAUUUGUGUCUUUUUUUUUUAAAAAAAGUCAUCUUUGUAGGAUUGCUGUCUGCUGUGUGGUUCUCUCCACAUAGGUGAGGAAGGACCCUGUAACAGGUGAUGGGAAAGUUCUCGGCCUGAGAGACCCUGCCAGCCAGAGUAGACCAGGCUUUCCCUAUCUGGUGCUCGCCAGAUGUUGCAAUAUGGCUGAGGGUGAUGGGAGUGGAGCUCAACAACAUCUGGAAAGUACCAGGUUAGGGAAGGCUGGAAUAAAGCUAGAUGGAUGGAUGAUCUGAGAUCUAGUAGUACAGUGGUACCUCGGGUUAAGUACUUAAUUCAUUGCAGAGGUCUGUUCUUCACCUGAAACUGUUCUUAACCUGAAGCACCACUUUAGCUAAUGGGGCCUCCUGCUGCUGCCGCCGCGCUGCCGGAGCACAAUUUCUGUUCUCAUCCUGAAGCAAAGUUCUUAACCCGAGGUACUAUUUCUGGGUUAGCGGAGUCUGUAACCUGAAGCGUAUGUAAACCGAGGUACCACUGUAAUAUAGCUUCCUGUGUUCCUACUGAAGUUGAAAUUCUUUUGGCUGGAAACAUUUUGAUUUUCAAAAAAAAAAGAAGAUUUAUAUUGUCUGAACAUGGGAGAACCAUUUUAAGAACACACACUGGAAUCGUAGCAAGCUUUUAUACUACUCAAUUUAACUUUUCUAGAACAUUUUCUAUUUUCUGAGAAUUGAAGGGUUCCUUGCUUCUCUUAGUAGCCCGAAUAUUUUUUAAAAGUCCAAAUGAGAGAAGCAAGAUUAUUGUUAUAGCAUGCAACUGAAAUGAAUAUUACUUUUAUGAUGAAUUUAAAUGUAAUGGAUAAGUAAACCGGGCUAUGUAGUCUGCUUCUUACAUGAUCCAGGAUGCCACGUGUUCUGAGAACAGACAUCACAGCAGUUUGGUGAGACUAAGAAGUAGCAUUCUGACAAAUAAACCAAUGCAAAUGCCAAACGUCAACUCUGAGCAGCUUUGAAAAGAAGCAAUUUUGCACAUGAUAUGUCUGCAAAAUUAUGUAAAGGGGAGUUCUGUUCACUCAUUGCCUCUUCUAGAUUCCAGUUUAUGGUUUUCCACCUAAAAUGAAAACAUUUGUGGACUGCACUGAAUAUGUUGCUCGGGCUUGCAUAACUUACUCCUGAUAAACACAUUUUCUUAUAACUCCAGGAUUAAAAGCUUGACUCUAUUGGUGUGCUGCUGAAAGAUUUGAUAGCACACAGCCUGCUUUUUUUAUUUUAUUUUCCAGGGUGGGAGAAGGGGAGACAGGGAAAUCACUUGAUUCCUAAGAGGCAUAAAUAGCACAAUAAAGUCACUUUUAAAACAAAUCAGUUAUAUGCCAAGAUACUGUCACUUUUAUAACUAGGACAGUUUCAUAAGGUCUGACACUGGUAGCUGUAGAGAUGCCGAUUUAUCACAUCAGUGUGACAGCUGUAGGAAAUUAAAUCUGGUCCCCCCCUUUUUUUUCACCUCUUACUUUUGUGGGAAAUCCUUGGAGGGCACAGAGACUGGCAUCGCCACCUGCCCUCUCCUUCAGGGUGAAAGCCUUUGUCCCUGAGAGAGAUCAGCUGGCACAAUAGAUAUGUAACUUGUACCUCUCUGCUCCAGCAUCACUGGCUCAAUGUGCAAUGUAGCAGAAUUAAUAAUACUGUAGGGAUCUCACAUUUGCAUUACCUGACUUUAUUGGAAGGGGGGGAAGAAGGAGAAGGAGAGAUGUGCCGUCUCGCAUUUCAUUAAGGCUUCAGCAUAUACAUUCUGUAGCUUUAAUAUUGCAGGGGGAGAAAGAGGGGAGGGUGGGAGAAGAGAGAGAGAGCGUGCUCACAGCUUCAUCUUAUUUGGAUUUAAAAGAGCGGUUUCCUAAUGCUUUAUGGAAAUGCAGUGGGAAAGAGGACAGUGUCAUUCCUUGACACUGAUGAGGGUGGUUUGGGGGUCGUGAGUGAGGGUUCAGUUUGAUUAAAUGAAGGCUUAUCUACAGUGGAGCUGCAGAGCAUGCUUGCUCCUACAAGUCAAGGUUCAUUCGCUCGAAAAGCUGGGGUGGGUGCAGGCGAAAGAUGAUUCAAAGGCAUCUGUCAUAAAUAUUUCAAAUCUGUGCCUGCGAUAAUAGCUCCGUGCAUAGUUCUUCCCAUGUAAAAAGUGAAGAGUUGACUAGAAAGCACUCUUGCGGCAAUAUGGGUGGUGUGUUUUUGUGUGUGUGUGUGUGUGUGUGUGUAUAUAUAUAUGUGUGUGUGUGUGUGUGUGUGUGUGUGUUAGAGAGAGAGAGAGAGAGAGAGAGAGAGAGAGAGGAGGAGAGGGAAGAGAGAAAGAAAAGGGGUGGGGGAGAGACAGAGAGUCUCAUUACACAAUAGUCUGUCUUGAUGUAAUGGUGGAAAGAACCGGCAGAGGGCAAAGUCUCAUAAUUGUAGGUGAUGGUCUCUUUGUCUGCUUUUGCCCUGCUGUUAAGAGGAUUUUGAAGAUGUGAUGAUAAAUAACCUGUUUUGAGGGCUUGGGGUAUGCCGCUUUCCCCUGUCAAAAAUCAUCAUUCAACACAUCCUGUCUCCUCAGAGCUUCGGCUUUUUCUGAGAGAGCACAUUUUAGCGUUGCUUUUAAAAAACAAAAAUUCUACACAGAAAGGCAUUUUCACAUAUAGCAGUUUCUCUUCUUUCUUUUGCUGGAGAGAAGGGGGAAGGGAAUUCCUGUGCUUAUCAAUGAAUCGUGGUCUUUUUUUAAACAAACAAUUAAACGGACAAACAAACUACAAAUACUGUAAUGCAGUCCUUGCCAGCUAAUGAUCGCCUGUUGACAAUAACAUUUUGUGAUGGAAGAUCAGACAUUGGUAUCUGUUUGGUAGACUGCAUUGCGAGGGCAGCAGCAGCAAAAAAACCAACAAAACAAAAACCACUCAGUAAAGCAGAAAAAUAGCAAAAAAAUAAACUUGUUCAAAUCAUUUCAUUUCUGCUGUUGCUUUUAUUAACAGUGCAAAAAUCACAUCUGGAUUUUAUUAACGUAAAGUGUUUGUGCAGUGGUAUAUUUACAUUGAGACAUUUCAUAUUUUAGGUGAGGACAGAGUUUAGACUGGAUUAGAUGAACCAGUGCUAAACAUCUGUGUCUUAAGUGUCUCUUUAAAGCCUCUGUUGGAUUUUUCUGAAGUGAGUUUACACUAGAAAUGUGAAAUGGGACAGGGAUCCAACAACCUAUGCUUCAUUUUAUAGAUCCCACAGCAAAAAUGUUGCUGUGCAAAUAUGAGUUUAGAGACACUACUCACGGUCUCAUCCAAGGCCUUACUCUGUUACCACCCUCUCCCUGGGAAGGGGCUUUUAUCUUGGGUUUGAGCCUUUUUAGCCUGGAGUUUAUGGGAAAUUUCCCCACAUUUGUUUUCCUCAUCACCUCCCCAUUUCCAAAACUGGGAGGAAAGCGGAGUUGUUGUGUUUUCCUGGCACCUGGAAAGGUGAGUGAGUUAGGAUUGGAUGCUGCUGACUGAUGGCGCCUAGGGUGCCUUUAAGAAGCAGUACCCGUUCCAUCAUUUUGCCCCCUAGCCCUUCUCAUGAGUAAAGGUUGGGGGGGGUGCCUUUGAGCUGUGGCCUCCAACCCAGCACCCUGGGGAAGGGGAGAGAUAAGCUAACAAUAAAUUGUAAGCUGCUGCCCCUCGUGCUAUUUACAUUUUAAGAAAAAGAAAUGAAGGCACCGAAAUAACAUUUAGAAGACAUCUGAAAGCAGCCCUCUUUAGGGAAGCUUUUAAUGUUUAACAGACUACUAUAUUUUAAUACUUUGUUGGAAGCCGCCCAGAACAGCUGGGGAAACCCAGCCAGAUGGGUGGGAUAUAAACAAUAAAUUAUUAUUAUUAUUAUUAUUAUUAUUAUUAUUACAUACUUACUUGAGCAUAAUGCUCAAAGGGGCAGUACAUUGGACAUAUAUACAUUUCCUGAGUAUAAUCCCUUUGUCUUUUUCUCUGCGUGUAUUCAUUCAAGAUGUGGCAGUGUGGGGGAUGGCAUCCCACUGGUCCUGCUCCAUCAUCAGCAUGUCCAGCAGAAGGAGAGGACAGGCUCUGUAUUCAUGUCACUGUAUGUACAAUCAGAAACACUGGUUGUAGCAGGUUUGCUAAGUGAGAGUACAUACCCUGGGUAUGUACAGCUCAUUCUCGCUUUCUGUGGAAGGCAUGGAGAUUGGGAGCAGACCAGCAAAUGCAUGGGAGGCUGAACUCAGUCUCUAUCGGGGUUUUUUUGGUUUUGUUUUUUUUGCCAUAGGUUGAUGGAAUGCACAGAUGGAACAUGAGCAGGGCUAUAAUUAUUAUUAUUAUUUUUUAAAGGAAAUUACAACUUUGAAGCUACCUAGUUUAUCUGCACUAAUUAAUUUUAUGAAACAAUGCGUCUUUGGAAACAGGAAGUUUUCUGCAGAAAAAUAAUAGCAGUGGGGGUGGGGGGUGGAAUUGGGAGCUUUUCCAGAUCACAUCCAUGGCUGCUCAUUAAUUGCUCUCAGACUCUGGAACCUCCCCUUCCCAGGAAACCUGUUUAGCUCUGUAGCUACCUGCUUAGUGGUUAGUGGUGUAUUUUAAAGGCAUUGUUUUCAGGGGGUCUUUGGAUCAUGAUGAAUUGAGUUUGCCCUUACACAGAAAAGUUAUGAAUAUAAAUCUCUUUCAGUGUGCUGUUUUUAGUUAUACAGUGGUACCUCGGGUUACAUAUGCUUCAGGUUACAUACACUUCAGGUUACAGACUCCGCUAACCCAGAAAUAUUACCUCGGGUUAAGAACUUUGCUUCAGAAUGAGAACAGAACUCAUGCUCUGGCAACGCGGCGGUAGCAGGAGGCCCCAUUAGCUAAAGUGGUGCUUCAGGUUAAGAACAGACCUCCAGAACGAAUUAAGUUCUUAACACGAGGUACCACUGUAGAGUGAUUUUAGCGUGGAGGCUUUGUGGUAAGAAUUCACCUCUACACCACCUUGUUCAUUAUCCAGUUGAGGAACAAACACCUAUUGAAUAAACCACAGAACCAGGAAAACUAUUUCCGUGUCCAGCAUUCAGAUCGAGGGGCCCAGCAUUUAUUAUAGCUAUUGCAAUAAGACAGAGCUAACUCAACUCAAUACAGUGGUACCUCGGGUUACAGAUGCUUCAGGUUACAGACUCUUCAGGUUACAGACGCUUCAGGUUACAGACUCCUCUAACCCAAAAAUAGUACCUCGGGUUAAGAACUUUACCUCAGGACGAGAACAGAAAUUGCGCAGCGGCAGCAGCGGGAAGCCCCAUUAGCUAAAGUGGUACCUCAGGUUAAGAACAGUUUCAGGUUAAGAAUGGACCUCCAGAACGAAUUAAAUUCUUAACCCAAGGUACCACUGUAUACCAGUUGAGAAGGUCUGCCCCGUGGCACUUCAGAACAAAAGCUUAUAUUAUAGUUCAAACACAGCAAGCAAAGAGUCAUAAAACAUCUUCACAUACGUCAGGAAGUAAAACACACAUGGCUCCAUACUGGUAUUUUCGCCCCUGCAUCACCUUGGAGUGGCCCCGAUGGGCCCAGACCAUUUGACCAUUUUAGGUCUCGGAUGUCCGGCGUUACCCUGGCAACCUAGCCUUCCCUGAGGGAAGAGCAUCGUAAAGUCCUUUUCCUGGGUUUGGAUAGUUUCAAGGAUAGCUUAAAUAUCUUGCCAUUUGUACCACUUUCAGGGGUAGAUAAGGGGAGAUGGAAUGCAGCGUAAGGGGGGAGAACACACAAAAACCAAACCUAACACAUUCUAAAAGGUUAAAUACAAUUAAAGUUGAAACAUUGUCAAAAUAAUAAAAAUAUACACCUGGGGUCUCUAAUUCUUAUCAGUCCCCCUUUGAUCAUAACCUUUUCAAGGAUUGUGAUAACACCUUAUCAAAAUUUUCAAUCUGAUCCAUUCAAAGACAUAAAACACGUGGGGAAACCUUCAUGCCUACUUUUGAAUAAUUUGCUACAACUUCAGCAAUCACAAUACUCAGCAAUAGCUUUUUAGUGAUACGCCAAACCUACAUACGGAUUUUCAUUUUCCUAUGGGUAUUCUCAAUACACCAAACAUACAAAUGAUAUCAUGCAAACAAUUACAUGAAGUGAAGAAACAUUUGUCCUUUAUGGGCAUCACAACACAAUUCAAUACGUCAAUUUACAGUUCCCACUAAAAUUCAAACUAUCAUAUAAUACAAAAUACCAAUUCUGUAUCUAGCUAUUCAUGAAAAUCUCUUAGUCUUGAAAAACUUCUUGUUGCUUCCAAAAAAUACCUUCAAUCUCCCGGAGCUUCAACUUUAAGUUGUAGUCCAGAAAAAGUCUUUACAAGUCACCUUCUUCCAGACCCCCUUUGCCCGCCACCCCACAAGUCCUGGUUUGAUGCAGGUGAAAAGAAAUGGCUGUUGCUACUUUGCUGUCAUUUGGGAGGCCAUAAACUGGCAAUAAACAUUAUUCUAAGUGAUUCCUUGGCAGAUUUCUUCUAUUCACCAGGAGGGUUGAGAUGCAGAGAAGUUUGCAGAGUUUGCAGAGAAAGCAACAUUUGCUUCUGGGCCUGAAAACAUAGUUAGCAUGGGAAGGGGUUAAAAAUGACAAACGGGGGAAGGGUUUUUCCAAAACAAUGAUCUUUUUUGCGUGUGAGAGCUAUAAACCAUAUAAAGUUUUAAAGUUAGAAAAUGUAUUCGUUCCAGUUUAUUUAUAACUGUUAUUGUUAUCUGCUUAAUUUCCUUUACCUACUUGGCUGUGGGAGGAAAGAGAAAGAAAAUCUUAUUGUUCAUUCAAAUGCAAUAGAAAACAUUUCGCUAUAAGGAGCAGUAAGAGUUUUCAGAGACCUCCAUUACCUGUUCAUUUCUACAAAAAGCAAAAUUAUUAUGGAAGAAAAAAAAGCCUGUUACAGUUAUGGGCAGUUAUUUUUAUAUCAGGAUAACUUAUUUCCACCGUGGGUUUAUUCAUACAAAUUUUAGCAGUGACAGGUUUAUUAGAAACAAAGUUAAUUACUUAUUCUCAAGUAAUUAAUCCAAACCAUGUGGGUUGAAAAAAAUUAGAAUGGAAAAUUAAUACAACCCCCCCAAAAAAACACAUUAACUCUCCCUUCCUCAGUUGAUACACAUGUUCUUUACAUGUACAGUGGUACCUCGCAAGACGAAAAACGCGCAAGACGAAAAACGCGCAAGACGAAAGAGUUUUUCGUUUUUUGAGUCGCUUCGCAAGACGAAUUUCCCUAUGGGUUUGCUUCGCAAGACGAAAAACGAAAACGUCUUGCAAGUUUGUUUCCUUUUUCUUAAAACCGUUAAUACCCUAUGGGAAACUGUUCUUCGCAAGACGAAAAAUUCGCAAGACGAAAAAACUUGCAGAACGAAUUAAUUUCGUCUUGCGAGGCACCACUGUACAAGGUUGAACCAACUUCCAGGCUUUCUGCCAUAUAAACACAAGAGCUCUAAAGUUCUAAAGUUGGGCUCUCAAGUAAAUUGACCAUUAUUCAAGCACAUAAUUUAAUGAAUUCUUUACUAUUUUCUUUUUAACUAGAUCAGUCACACUUAACUGUCUAAACUUUAACCAUGAACACACUUUUCUCAAACUUUUGCUUCGUACCGCAUGCACUGGCAAGGAGACUUGAGAAGUCUUGGAGCUGCAUGUUACACAAUAAGUUCACCCAUACUACAUUGAGAUAAAGUUUAUUUCCAAUAAUAUUUAAAACGCUCUGUUACUGCUUUCCUUUCCACAUCAACAUGAUCCACUUGAAGCACUCUCUGAAAAUUACAACCUGUUCCUCUUGCACAGACAUCCCUUCUCCACAUCCCUGUUGCCUUCACACACAGACAUUUACUAUCAGAACCAAUCAAGAGAUCCCUGGUUCUUUUGUCAAACAGAUAGCUUUCCUUCUUCUGUCUGGCAUCAUAAAAUCACAGAAUGGUAGAGCUGCAAGGGGCCCCUCAGGGCUAUCCAGUCCCAACUUUCUGCAGUGCAGGGAAUGUCAACCAAAGCAUUCAUGACAAAUGUCCAUUUCUUGUUCAAGAAGCCUCUACUAAAAACCUGCAAUAAAGGAGUGCCCACAAUUGCUUGGGCUCCUCAAAAUACAGACAGCAGAGUAAAGUAUUCAGUGUGUGGCACAACAGUUGGGGGGAAUUUAUCCUUCUAGCGUUGUAAGAUCUGCCUCUUUGCAGUUGUGAGAGGGCUCUUGUGUUGCCCACUAGUGAACUCCACAGGAUCAGAGAGUAGCUCACCGUUAUAUGGGCUUCCUUAAACCUUAAAGCAAUAUUUAGUAGCCAAUUGGGACAGGACGCGUGUGGUGCUGUGGUCUAAACCACUGAGCCUAGGGCUUGCCGAUUGGAAGGUUGGCGGUUUGAAUCCCCGCGAUGGGGUGAGCUCCCGUUGCUCGGUCCCUGCUCCUGCCAACCUAGCAGUUCGAAAGCACGUCAAAGUGCAGGUAGAUAAAUAGGUACCGCUCUGGCUCUGGAAAGGUAAAAGGCUUUUCCAUGUGCUGCUCUGGUUCACCAGAAGUGGCUUAGUCAUGCUGGCCACAUGACCCAGAAGCUGUACGCCGGCUCCCUCGGCCAAUAAAGCGAGAUGAGCGCCGCAACCCCAGAGUCGUCCACGACUGGACCUUACGGUCAGGGGUACCUUUACCUUUACCUAUAUAGCCUCUGCUCCAAAACAAGUGCAGUCUUACCUUGAAUCCUGAACGCCCUGGAGCUCGGACGUUUUGGCUCCUGAACGCCGCAAACCUGGAAGUGAGUGUUCUAGUUUGCGAGCGUUCUUUUGGAACCUGAAUGUCCAGCAGCUAAUCAGAAGCCGCAAUUUGGUUUCUGAACGUUUUGGAAGUCGAACGGACUAUCGGAACGUAUUCCAUUGACUUCCAAGGUACGACUGUAGUUGCAGGACAUGCCCUAAUCCAUGUGUGGAUCUGCACUGCAUUGCCAAGCUAGCACUAGAUGUAGCCAUGUGAGUUCAAAAAGGGUGGAGAGGAGUCCAGAAGAACAAUUUCUGUUGGAUCAAGUGUUCAGUGGUACCUCGGGUUAAGUACUUAAUUCGUUCCGGAGGCCCGUUCUUAACCUGAAACUGUUCGUAACCUGAAGCACCACUUUAGCUAAUGGCGCCUCCUGCUGCUGCCGCGCUGCCGGAGCACGAUUUCUGUUCUCAUCCUGAAGCAAAGUUCUUAACCCGAGGUACUAUUUCUGGGUUAGUGGAGUCUGUAACCUGAAGCAUCUGUAACCCGAGGUACCACUGUAAUUUGAAAUCCAAAGAAACACUUGUAAUAGUCUGUCAUUGGUGCACAUGUAUUGGGACUUCCUGACAUCUGCUUUUAAUACUGAUACUCUGUAUACGCCAUAUCUUGAAAUGCAUGAAAGAUUGGCGAGUGUGUUCCUAAGUGUGUGAAGAGUGCAUUUCCCUCGCCAUUGAGUAGCUGGAGAAUCUUGAUGCCUCAGCAGUGAGAGAAAAUAUACUGAUUUACAGGGAAGGAAUAUAUUGAUCUGCAGGGACUACUGCAAAUGGUUUCAUAUUAUGAAAGUGCUGUAUGAAUACUAAGAAUUUCUACUGAGUAUAAGUUAUACUGUCUAUCAACCAAGCAGUGAUGCAUUUUAAAAUUAUCUUCACACCCUACUUUGGGAGUAAGUUCAGUGGCCCCUGAACUUGUUGGUUUCAAAAAAAAAUUAUGCAUUUUGGACCUUAAUGAUGGCAAGCCAGAACCAAAAGGUAGCAAGGUGGUAAAGUUGUCUUUCAAAAGUGCUAUACCUUUGGAGCUCCCUCCUAUUCAAACAGGCAAAGUGUGUUUCAUCUCCAUUAAUAAGAAUGAUAAAUCCUUCUGUUUUGUCAGUGGCAAAAAAAAAUGAGGCAUCUAAGACUAGCUGCUUGCUCCUGUCAUACAGGGAACAUUAAUGGGCACCAGCUGGGCUGCAGCUAUAGCUGCUACGCGACUUUAACUUUGCACAGCGAGAGCUGCUGCGGCAAUGGUGCAGAAGUACCUCCUGUGCAGAUUUAGAAGUACACUUCAAUUGUGGUUCCCAGGGCAACAGAGUAAUGGCAGCCAGCUGGCUUUGUACCACCUGAGCGCAUCAAAGAGCAAGUCCUGUCAGCCACUGAAGCCUUGGCUCAGCGAGCUCCAGCGUGGAUUUCUGCAGACAGCAGCUUUGGCUGGAGUUAAAAACACUUGGGAAUGCAAUUAAAGGAUGACCAACGUAUUUUUUGUUCAUUUUACCCAUAGGUACAUAAGUCUCUUUACAAGAACUCAUAGCAAUCUUCUAUUCUCACACAGAUGUGACACAUGUUUGAUGCAUUCUCCUUCUAGACUCUGUUUUUUCCUUCCUCUUUUUUUAUAAAGAAAUAGAACUGCAGAAAUCUGUAAUGCCUACAGUCUUUUAUAUUGUGUUAUUUCAAACACAACAGAUAAAGUACCACAGUACAAAACGAUUUCCAGCCAUCCAACCUUCACAGAAAUGCAAAUAUGUAUGUAUGUAAAUCACAUUGGAAACCAAAUCCCAUACCUCAUAGAGACCAUUCCUUGAAAAGAGAUGAAAUCUCCUUUUUAUUGGAAAAGGGAAGAAAUUGAUUAUAGUGGUACCUCAGGUUAAGUACUUAAUUCGUUCUGGAGGUCCGUACUUAACCUGAAACUGUUCUUAACCUGAAGCACCACUUUAGCUAGUGAGGCCUCCUGCUUCUGCCGCGUCUCCGGAGCCCAAUUUCUGUUCUCAUCCUGAAGCAAAGUUCUUAACCUGAAGCACUAUUUCUGCGUUAGCGGAGUCUGUAACCUGAAGCGUAUGUAACCUGAAGCAUAUGUAACCCAAGGUACCACUGUAUUGGCUGUGGGAAGGCAAACGGAGUAUAACUCAAAAUUUCCCUUUUCCACAAGAGUAUUCAAAUAACCUAAUAAAGCUUAGAAAGGUUCUAGUGGCACAAAUACCAGCCAUGUACUCUGCAGUUCAAGGUGCCGGUCUGUACGACAGUUGUCUUUAUCACAAGUUGAACAAAAUCUGCAUUAAAAGAUAUACAUCAUCAUCCCUCAUAUGAUCCAAACCAGGGUCUGGCUGGAGGGCUGGAUCCAGAAGUCAACAACCCUCCACAGGGUGCUUUGACAAGUGGCUGGGAUCAUAUGAUGUCAUGGCAGCCGUAGCGUAAAGUUUCAAAGGAAGACUCUUUUCUUUGUAGUUUCAGCUUGAAUUCUUUUUGAAUUCUGCCUUGAAAUUUCCCACACUUGAUGUCAUAUGACAUCAGGCAUGGGAAAGGCGGGUGCUGUUUAGCAGUCCGGCAGACCAACCUCAAAGACCUACCACUGAUCUAAACCAUAGAACUGUUUUCUCACCCUGAGUUGAACACCAUUGGUAUAAAAUAUUUGGACUGUGUUGCUCAUAGAUUGUAUUUUUAAUCAAAAGGGCUAAAAGUGGCAGCUGUAAUAUGCACAAAUUGAAAUAAUUUUGAACGUCUUACAAAUAGAUAUACCACACAUGUACCUAUGUAAUUUGCAAAUCUAUUAAAUGAUCUGUACACAUGCCUUCAGCUAACUGUCCUGCAGCUGUAGAAAAGACGAACAAAAAUGAAAUCAUGGGGCAGAUUCAUCUACUCCAUCCCAGUAGCAAAGGCCAGGGCAUGGUUGGGAGAAUCUCUAGAACAGAGCUUGGGCGGCAGGGGCAGGGGGCGGGUUGUCAUUCAACUGAGCAAGCAUAAAUGCUUGCACUGACAGAACGUUCUCCUUAGCGCUACAUUGAAUUCCACCCUAUAUGUUGUUUUCUAAGCAAGUUAAGCAAUUGUCAGUACAUCAGCUGGAGUUUCAGUGACUUGGCCAGAUUGAUAUGUGCCGACUUCUGUAUAUUGAGCAUUUCGUUGCUGCAGUUCUGAGUGCUUACCUGUAAAAGGAGUGAGUAAUAAGAAGGAAGUGUGAGGAUUUAAUUGUCCCCUUAAACUUCAGAUUUGUAAGUGACAAAAAAUAACGGGUUCAUCUCUGUAAUGGGCAAUGAAAAUACGUUAUGAGCUUCUUAGGAGUUGUAGAACUGCUUGGUUUCUAAAACUCCCAAGGAUUGGUAACAGGCAACUCCUUCAAAGGGUAGAUUAUGGCAUGCAUGAGAGAGCAUUCAGUAACGUAUGUUGCCAACAAGAUGUCAGUGUGUUUAAUCAUUUUGGUUUGAAGAAUAUAACAGAUGGCACCAAAGUUGUGGUUACAUUGGGUGAGUGUGGGUGUUAGUAAGGGUGGUUUAAUGCUUAAAAACACACAAAAACUUUGAUUUGCUUCAUAUCUUCUCUCAAGGACCCAGGCCUAUCUAGGAGUGCCAAUGAAUAAAAUUUUGGAGGGGGGCAGGUAAUCUCCACCCUGCAAAAUCGAUCACAUGACACCAUUUGAAUGGCAAUGCCCAUCAACUUUGGGGAGGCCCAGCCCCUCAAAUACUUUAUUAGGGGGGGUCAAAGGGACCUCGCUAGGAGUUGGUUUCUAUCUGCCCAUCUCUCCCAAUUGAUUAAAGGCGCCUCAAUUACUUAGGUCUAUCAGUUCUUCUGGAAAGUGCUGUAGAGAAGAUUAAAAUAAAACCUUGUGUAGCCAAGUUAACUCUCCUGGCAACAUUGUGGAUACCAAUUUAUGUUAAGUGUGGCAAAGCUAGAAAACUGUCCUAGGAAAUGUAUUGGCCUGGGCCAUCUAAAGUUAGUUUCGACACAUUCCCAUUGAAAUUACUAGAGCAAGUUUAGUCUUGACUAACUUAAAAGCAUAUUACUUUCAGUGGCACUGAGGACUUUCUGAAUGCAUUCUCUACUGGUAUUGUUUGAGGAAAAGGUUCUAGAAAGAGUGACUUCUGAAUUUCAAAGGAUAACAAAUAUUAUGGGGCUAAAUGUAUAGCGACAAUAAUACAAAGAGCUAUUUAAGUACACCCAAAAACUUGGUCAAGCCCAGUUGAAUUUUGGAUUUUGCUUUCUUUCUUUCUUUCUUUCUUUCUUUCUUUCUUUCUGGAUUCUAGUAGGCCUGUCGUUUGAUUUUCUGGGGUAUUCCAUUCCCCCUAAAAGUUACCGUAUUUUUCGUUCCAUAGGACGCUCCGUCCCAUAGGACGCACCUACUUUUUUGGGGGGGAAAUAAAGGAAAAAUUUUUUUCCUUUAUUUCCCCCCCCCAAAACCAGGUCGGGGAACAGUGGGAUGGCGGCGCUGCGCCUCCCCGUUGUCCCCCGAGCUUGUGGGGCUGGCCAUGUCUGCCCGGCGUGAGGGGCGCUCUGCUUCAGGGCGCCCCACGCGCCGGGCGGCAGGCUGCAGACACCUGCGCGAAGCACGGGAUGUCCUCCGAGGGCGCCCCGUGCUCCGCGCUGCAGGCUGCCGCCCGCAAGCCGUGCGCGCCCAGGGGGGAUCUCCCCCUGGGCGCGCAAGGCUUGCCGACACCUGCGCGAAGCACGGGGCGUCCUCCGGAGGGCGCCCCUUGCUCCGCGCUGCAGGCUGCCGCCCGCAAGCCUUGCGCGCCCGGGAGAUCCCGGGUGCGCAAGGCUUGCGGACACCUGCGCGGGGCACAGGACGUCCUCCGAGGGCGCCCCGUGCUCAGCGCUGCAGGCUGCCGCCCGCAAGCCUUGCGCUCCCGGGGAGAUCCCGGGUGCGCAAGGCUUGCGGAUGACCUGCGCGCAAGCACGGGACGUCCUCCGAGGGCGCCCCGUGCUCCGCGCUGCAGGCUAGCCGCCGCAAGCCUUGCGCUCCCGGGAGAUCCCGGGUGCGCAAGGCUUGCCGACACCUGCGCUGAAGCACGGGGCGUCCUCAGGAGGGCGCCCCGUGCUCCGCGCUGCAGGCUGCCGCUCGCAAGCCUUGCGCUCCCGGGGAGAUCCCGGGUGCGCAAGGCUUGCGGACACCUGCGCGAAGCACGGGACGUCCUCCGAGGGCGCCCCGUGCUCCGCGCUGCAGGCUAGCCGCCGCAAGCCUUGCGCUCCCGGGGAGAUCCCCGGGUGCGCAAGGCUUGCAGACACCUGCACGAAGCACGGGGCGUCCUCCGGAGGGCGCCUUGCUCCGCGCUGCAGGCUGCCGCCGCAAGCCUUGCGCUCCCGGGGAGAUCCCCGGGUGCGCAAGGCUUGCGGGCACCUGCGCAGGCACGGGGCGUCCUCCGAAGGGCGCCCCGUGCUCCGCGCUGCAGGCUGCCGCCCGCAGCCUUGCGCUCCCGGGGAGAUCCCCGGGUGCGCAAGGCUUGCGGGCACCUGUGCCGGGCACGGGGCAUCCUCCGGAGGGCGCCCGUGCUCCGCGCUGCAGGCUUCUGCCCGCAAGCCUUGAGUGCCCAGGGGAACUCCCCCCGGGUGCGCAAGGCUUGCAGAUAGCUUCCUGGAGCCUGAAGAGCGAGAGGUGUCGGUGCGCACCGACGCCUCUCGCGCUCCAGGCUUCAGCGAAAGCCUGCAUUCGCUCCAUAGGACGCACACACAUUUCCCCUUCAUUUUUGGAGGGGAAAAAGUGCGUCCUAUGGAGCGAAAAAUACGGUAGUUAGCAUUCCAUGCCAACUGAGCACCCCUAGGUCUUAUUGGACUGUAUGGGGGAACCUUCUUUUCUGAGCUUUUCUCAAGAGGUACACACAGGUAUGGGCCCAGUCUUUUCCUUCUCACAGGAGAAGUAUCUCUAUUUGUAGGGCUCCAUGCCCUUAGUUUGAGACUCUGUGGCCUUACUGCAAGAUGUCAUAACACUGAAAAAAUCAGAGCAUUCCACAAGAUGGAAAUUCAGAAAAACGUGUGAAGAAUGCCUCCAAAAGCAGCAACAUAGGCUCAGACCAGAAAAUAAGCUCCUAAUGUAUUUUGGGCACACAGACGGGACAGAGAUGCAUCAUAUCACAGCCUCUCAGUGGAGAGGGAGGACUGCUUGCUAGACUCCAAGGAAUGUCAGCCAGGUUUGCAAGAUGUGAAAACCUGAUACCUUCCUACUCAACAGACUGUCUUGUGCCUGCAAAUAUGCACGGUCUUGAUAUAAUUAGCAGCUAUUGUACUCUGAAAGUGAGAGAUCUGUCUAGCCAGUCUCCAAUUAGUUCCCCCCCUUUUUUAAAGGGGGGCAGUCUUCAGUGUUUCCAAACCUUAGCUUAGCCUGUAGUGAUAGCAAAGAAACAAAAAAUUGGUCAGUUUAUUACAUUUGCACGGAAUCUUGUUUUCCCAACACACUGGUCAUUCCUAGGCCAGGUACAGAGUUCAGAGGGGAAAUGUGCCACAGGGCAGGACCCUGCGGGUGGAGUCCAGUUGGUACCCUUGCACUCAGAAACGGGCCUUUGUUCCAGUGGGUGCCUUCACUAAUGGAAGAGGAGGGGGAGUGGUUUUUUGCCCAUUUCCCUUGCCACCUUUCACCAUCUUCUGGAGAGUCCCUCAUCUGCAGAGUUGAUUUUGGAGGGUGCUGGGUGGAAUGGCUAAAAACCACCUCUUCCUCCCAUUAGCAGAAUUGUCUGUUGGAUUUCUCUUUUGGGAGCACAUGGGCACUAACUGGACUCUUAACCUAGGACAGGUUUCUUAAUGGGGUUAGAAAAACACUAUGGCAGUAUUUUGUGACUACGUUAUACAGUCAUACCUCGGCUUCAAGUGGUUUCAGGUUAAGCCUUUUCGGGUUGCACUCUGUGGUGACCCGGAAGUAACGGAGCGCGUUACUUAUGGGUUUCGCCGCUCACGCGUGCGCAGACCCUCAAAAUGACGUCACGCGCAUGCGCGGAAGCAGUGAACCGCGACCCGCGGACGCGGGUUGCAUUCACUUCAGGAUGCGAAUGGGGCUCCAGAACGGAUCCUGUUUGCAUCCAGUGGUACCACUGUAUAUUUUUGUGACUUUAUAUUGUAAACUGCUCUGUGAUCCUUGGAUGAAGGGAUAUAUGGAAAAUAAGUUAGUUAGUUAGUAGUGGUAGCUCAAUUCCACCCAAUGUUAGUGAUCUGCUGACAGAAAUCUACCCUGGGUCUUAUCUGCCAGUGUAUAAUAAUAGCCAAAGGAUCUAAACCACGUUUAAGCCAAGAAAUCUGUUAGUCAAUAUGCUUGUACCAUACAAUAGCAGAUAAUAUUUAUUCAUGUUUCCCUCUUGAACUAGGUAAUAAGGAAAUGUUUGUCUGAAACUGAAGUAGUUAAUUUUGUAACAAAGAAGCAGAUAUACGUACUUGGCAACCUUAGACUUCAGUGUUGUUUUACCUACGUUGUUAGAUAAGUUAAUUUAGUAUUCUGAUUCUGCAAAAUUAAAUGGCGCUUAUUUCUGUCAAUCUUCUGCAUCCCCCUCUCCUUAGUUUUCCACAUUAUGAUACAGGGAUGCUUCUGUGCAUUCUCUGUCAUAGGGAUGGGGAACCUGUGGCUUUCCAGAUGUUGUUGUACUAUAACUCCCAUCAUCUUUGACCAUUGUUGGUGCUCCCAACAACCUUUGGAAGGCCACAUACUCCCCUAAUAUGCACUCUUUUGCAGAGAACCUCAAUGGAUUAUUGGUUUCGCUUACAUUCAGGUGGAUUAGAGUAGCUCAACCAAUAAGAUUGGACUUCCAUAUUGUAGAGAUUCCAUUUUGGCCACUGGAGUUCAUUGGAGAGCCUUGAGUAAUGCACUGUCGUCGUCCCUGCUUUAACCUACCUCAUAGGGUUGUUGUAAAAAAUAAUGUUAUAAAACAUUUGUAUGUUAAUGCUACUACUUUCAGUGCCUAAUACAGGUUCUGUGUUUAAGCAGAUUUCUUAGCCUAUAUCCACAUUCUAGGCUCAUGUUUAGAAGUAGGUUCUAAAACUGCAUUUUACAUUUAUUGUAAAAUCAGUCCUGAUAUUUGUCUUUCCUGAUUUUGCCUUGCUAAUUAUUAUACGAACUAUUGAGUUAAGCCUAAUAGUUCAGAACAUUUGUAUCUGGAGAGUUUAUUGUCUUCCUUCACUAAUGACAAUUAGGCAUUGUUGUUUUUUAUGCCCUUCACCAAAUGUGGGGUUUUGCGUGUUGAGCCGCUCAUUCCUUGCAGCUUUCACUAGGUUUUCUCCUCUAUCCUUGCAUAGCCUUUUGUUAAGCAUUAACUAUUUAUUGAAAAUUUUCCGUGUUUCAAUGUGUACAUGCCUGCUGAUUGCAGAAUAACUUGUGGUGCUGGAAAAGUAUACCCAACACUAAACAGCAGAAGCCAAACAAUCAGGGGGAAUGAAUAAAUAAAUAAAUACAAAGGGGGGAAAAAAGACAUAUGAACGUAGUAAACACAUUGUCAUUGUAUAAUUGUAUAACCUUUUGAAAUCUGGCUUAGGGAGUGUUUGAAGCAUUGCUAGAUAAGGAUGGUAAUAAAUUUGUCACUGAUUCUGCAACGGUAUAAAUUUAGCAUGGAUGAUAUAGGGCAGGCAUAGGCAAACUCAGCCCUCCAGAUGUUUUGGGACUACAACUCCCAUCAUCCCUGACCACUGGUCCUGUUAGCUAGGGAUGAUGGGAGUUGUAGUCCCAAAACAUCUGGAGGGCUGAGUUUACCUAUGCCUGAUUUAGGGAUUGGAAACCAGAACUGGCGAUACUUGUAUUCAUGUGACUAUAUUGGGGGAUAUUCCAUGUUAAUCAUAUAUGGAGUGAUAAUUAUAUAUGGAGUCAUACUUGGAGGACACCCUCUGACUUAGUUGGAUAUCGCUCAUUGUUCUUGGGGUUGGUCAGUUUCAUUUAUUCAAUGUGGUGUGCAAGAGCUUUCCGCAACUUCCAUGAAGCAGGAGCUUUUUUGGGAUUACCUCCAAUACCCAUUACACUACAGAUGGGGAACCUGUGGCCUGCCGUAUGAUUUUGGAUUACAACUAACAUCACCUGACUAUUGGCUAUGCAGACUGGGGCUGAUGGGAGGUGGAGUCUAGCAACACCUGGAGAGUCAAAAGUGCCACAGAGCAACAAGGGUCUUUGAGCACUUGUAAGCAUGUCAAUAGUUUUCCAUUCUGUGCAUUCCUGGAAAUUCUGGAACUGGCAACAGCCUUGGGUUUGAAAUUUUUUGGGGGGCCAAUAAACCAGGGACUCGGAGAUUGGAUUGUUCAGACUUUCUGCUGAAAGGACUGAAGCAGGCGCUCUCUGAAAGUAUGGGGCUUUAAAAAUGUCGUUCUCUGCAGAGGAGGUGAUUUAGUGCCACACAUGCAAAUUAAAGGCAACCCAGCAAAGCCAGAGAGGGAGACCUUAAAAACUGUGCCUGCGUUAAGGUGAAAAAUGGUACUCUUAGCAACGGCUCGCUGUAAUUUCCAAUAUUAAUUGAAAUGGACAUAUGGGAAGCAGCCCUGGAAAACUACUUCUGAGGCGGGUUGCGUUAUCCACUGGAUGUUUGGCUUUAAAAUGUGAGAAAUCUGAGUUAAAUCUAUGCUAAUUAUGGGCUCUGUGUUAAACUGCUUGCUUCCUUUGUAACCCAUCAUUUUGCCUGUGUGCCAUAUCGUCAGAAUAAAGUUCAGUAGGAUUAUUUAAAUAUUUUAAAUGGCAGAUGUGCUGUGACUCGCCUAUGGUUAUGAAAAUACUGAUGAACCAUAUUCCAGAAAGCCUUUCCUCCCCCCCCCCCCAUCUCCCCAUACUGUGAUCUGUUGACAUUAUCCUCUGUUCCUUAGCUUCAGACAGUAAAGUCAUGACAUGUGCGGCUGUUUGGAGGAUGCCGAAGGAAUUGGAAUCAGGCAGUCAUGAAUCCCCUGAUGAUUCAUCAAGCAACGCUCAAACCCUGGAGCUACUCUGUCACCUUGACAACACGGCCCAUGGCAAUAUGGCCGGGUAGGAUUCUGCAUAUUUUAUACUGUCAGGAAGGGGGGGGAAUGUGAAGGAUAGACCUAUUCUGUUCAAUGCAGGUUUAUAGUAAGUUUGGGGUUUGCACAUUUUAAAUAUACAUACUUCUGAGAAAUCAUACAUACUGACUUCUUCUGGGGCUUUCUGUGUGGGGGGGGGGGAGAUUUAUUCCAAACAGCAUCAGGGAUUAAAAGCAUUAGUCCUGCAAACUCAACAUUGGUGCAACUAUCUUUCUGCAGUUCUGCUGUGCCUUUCCUUUUGUACAUGUCUAUAUGUUCAUCUGCACACCAACUAAUGCUAGCCGUUCAGCCACAUUCUCUAUAACUUGGAAAUUCUGUUUUGAUCUUUGUUUGGGUUCUAACUUUCUCUCCUAUGUUUGGUCUACCCUGAAGUUGAAAUUUUAUUUUAUUGUGCACUUCUAUCGCAAAAAAAGUAGAUGCUUUCCUAUCAAGAACUGAUAGCGGAGUAUUAUCAAAAAAAGCUUUUCACAUUUCCUUCUAAUUAUUUAAUGAUGACUGAUGUGUGUUUACAGCGUUAUUGAUGAAAAUCCCCACCCCCUUUAUAUGUUUGUGUACUGGUAAGAUAGGACUGUUAAGACACCGUAACCAAAUUUUGCAUGCCGGUUCCUGAGAUCAAGGAUCAGGUUUUCAUCUAUGUUUGGAUACAGCUGGGUCCUAUUUUGAAUGAAGAUGGUGGAUGGAACAUUUCAAAAGUGCACUGGUUUGGGGGGUUUCUUAAAACUCCCAAACAGCACCAGGCUGCUAGUAUUUAAAAAUGUAGCUUUAAGUACAGUCGUACCUUGGACCUCGAACGCCUUGGUUCUCGAACAAAUCGGCUCCUGAACAAUCAAAACCCAGAAGUGAGUGUUCUGGUUUUCAAACGGAAGCCCAACGUCCAGCGUGGCUUCCGAUUGGCUGCAGGAGCUUCCUGCAGUCAAUCAGAAGCUGUGCUUUGGUUUCCGAACAUUUUGGAAGUCAAACAGACUUCUGGAACGGAUUCUGUUCGACUUCCGAGGUACAACUACAUGCAUAUAUAAGGUAUUGCUCUUCAGAGUGUUUCCAGUAGUACAUAUUGCUGGGUUUUUUCUUGAGAGUCUUGUUCCACCAGUUGACCAGUCCAUCACAAAAGUGGUUAUCCAGUUGUCUGCUUCCUUGCACUGGUAUAGCAUUAUCUUUACUACAUGGGCUAUCUCCUAGACUCUUACGAUCCUGUCUUCUAAUGUGGGAGUGCCCAUUUCCCCCAAAUAUGUAUGUGUUUGAGGGAAGGGGGGGCUGUUGGUUUGUUUUUGUUUUAUUAUGUAUUUUGUGUUCUCAUUUUGUAUUUUUAUGUUGCGAACCACCCUGUGGUCUUUGGAUGAAGGACAGUAUAUCAAUUUAAUAAAUAGAAUAAGAUAACAGUGGCUGUUAACAAGUGUAUUACCAGUUCCAUAGCAACAGAUAAGACCAAGUCUGUAACAUUUCCAAACAAUAUGACCAGUGGGUCACCACAUCCUGUUAUAUUUCCCUUGUUUACAUCAGCUUUGUUACUACACACACACACACACACUGGUACCUCUAGUUACAAACUUAAUUAGUUCCGGAGGUCCAUUCUUAACCUUAAACUGUUCUUAACUAGAGGUGUGCUUUUGCUAAUGGAGCCUCUUGCUGCCGCUGCACUGCCAGCACACGAUUUCCGUUCUCAUCCUGGGGCAAAGUUCUCAGCUCGAGGUACCUCUUCCAGGUUAGCGGAGUUUGUAACCUGAAGCGUUUGUAACCUGAGGCGUUGUUGUUAUGAAUGAAAAUAAAUUUCAGUAAAAAAGAUGCAGCAACAAUGGUCUUGUGGUACCACAAACACUGACAAACUUACUGUGACAUAAGCUUUGCCAGAUGCCCAUUUUCUGACCCAUGAAAGCUUACACCGUUUGCCAAUCUUCAGGGUGCCAUGGAAGUCUUAAUCUGUUGCAGCAAAAUCAACAAGCGCUGCUGCUUUCUGCUGUUCCAGCCUGUUGAGUGGGCACGUAGCCUUGGCUUUAUCUUUGCCACUUUUCUCUGCUUGCUUCACCAUACCCCUCUCUUUCUCCACUUUCUCUGUUGUUUCCUAUGUGUCCCAAUUUCAGAUUGUAAGCUCCUAGGAACAGCGACCUGUCCUCUUGCAUUCUGUAAAGUGUCAGGCACAUUGUGUUACCCUUUCAAAUAUGGGGUGCAUAUGCUCACAGAAUAAAUGAAAGAUUUGGACCUGUAUCAGGCUUUCAGAUAAAUGUUCAUUGUGUUUUAGGUAGAAAUUGACCCGAAAUGCUUCUUGUCAAUAUGUCCAUGUCCCACAUGUGGAACCUAAAGAAUUAUAGCUAACAAAGUUAUCUCAGUCCCUGAAUAUUUAACACAACAUAGAGGGAAACGCCAUAAAUUUGUGCUAAUAGGUUUUUUCUGUUUAGGAAGGUGUAUCGUUCUGGUACUCUAUGCACAAUCAGAAGCCGUCUGCUGAAUAGACCAACAGCAACACGCACACACACAUUGGGAGAGAGGGAGAAUUGUGAAACAUUGUCACAUGAACCUAAAACCACAUUUCAAUAUGGCUAGUUCUAACCAGGGACCACAAUUCAAAUAUGUUGUUCCUUUUAGGCAAGUUACCACCACCUCCCUACUCCUGCCUCCGCCACCUGCUCUGCCACUGCUGCACACCCUGCCACACCCACUGCUGGCAGAGAAGUGCCACCGCCAUCAGCACUGAUUUUGGGCAAGAUCGUGCUGAUUUGGGGCGAGAUUUCACCCAAAAACUCAUUAGGUAUUGUGCGCUCUGCAAGCUCUUGUAUGAUUUCAGGCGAAAUCUUGCCCCAAAUCAACACUUCUGGCGGCACAUCUCUGCCACUGGUGGAGGCAGUGGGGCACCUUUGGGCAUGAUGUUUGUUGGGUUUCUGCCGCCUGAAGCAGCUGCCUUACCAUGCCUAACAGCUGGUUAGGCUCUGCUUGGCUGUAACAUUUCUGCAGCAAGAGCAGGUAAUUGACACAUCUUCAACCAUUAGUUAAAGUAAAAAGUUUUCUCAGCUUGAUGCAGGCUUUAAAAGUUUUUGAAACAUGGUUAGGAGCAAGGAGCUUGCUGAAGAUUAAAACAAAAAACAUGAACCUUUCAUGAUAAGAGGUUAAAAAUCAGCCUGUUUGGGGCACUAUGCUUCUUUUUAAACAAAAUUGUCACUUGGCUGCCAGCAGUUCAUAGCGUGCAUUGCAGACUUUGGUCUUCACGAUUACAGUACCGUAAUUUACAAGAACUGGAGACUGGUAUAAGGGAAUUAUUUUAUUUAAGGUGGGGGGGGGGGAGAGAACGGUAACCUUCAUUUUCACCAUAAAUCCUGAAGGAUUGCUACAAUCGCAUCUAUAAAAGAGUGAGCUAUGAGAUCCAAUAAAAUGAAUUAGUAAUGAAAUAAAAUGCCCAUCUCGCAAGGACCGAUUGAAUACUGUUAGAUGUUCUCAAGGUGUGUUCAUUGAGUUAUACUUCUUUCUAAUUAGCACCCUUUCUGUCAGGUUACUAACACCUUCUUACAGCUCAUUGAAAAUCAGAAAUGCCAGUGAUAAUGUUCACUUUCUGAAAACUUUAAAGAUAUCUUAAUGUAAGUGAAAGGCAGUAGAAUUAGCACCCAUAAAAAUGGCUUUUGAAAAAGGAUUCCAAUAUUGGUAAAUCAUUAGAGCAAAAUCUUUUUUUACCAUUCUUACCAUACUUGGACCCUAACACUGCAAUCGUAUGCAUGUUUGCUCAGAACUAAGUCCUACUGAGUUUAGUAGGACUUCCUUUCAGUUAAUUGUGUAUAGAAUUGCAGCCUAACUUCCAGACAAUUUGAAAAUAUAUUUCUAGAUGUUUAGCUCACCUUCCAGUGGUGAUAUCAAACAAACCCUGUCAUGGAUUGGAAACAAAAAUACUUGUUUUCAUAUGCAUAAUAUCGCUGAGCAAGGGAUCACACUUCUUCAAUAGGUGUUAAGCAAUUGUAAAUGGAAACAUAUGCGAAAGAUAUUUUCUAAGUGCUCAGGAAGAAGCUUGACGCUUAAAGUGGGUAGUCGCUGACCUAAAUAGUUCAUAAAAUAGUUCCCUCUCUCAUUUUCUUGAAGCUCUCUUCCUCAUUUGGGUGCCACUGCUUUGCUUGUCUCUCUCAACUUUUUUUUAAAACAGUAUAGGGUUGUGAAUAUAUAAAUCAGCAGUCUUUAAAAAAAAUAGGCCAGGAAUCAGAUGUCUAACACAAAUCCCUUGAGUGUUUUUUGUUACUUUGCAUUGCCAAUGAAUAUAACAGUUUCUUUUCUUGAGAUGAAACUAAGGCAGCAAGCUCUUAAUUAUUCAGAGACUCUUUCCCCUUCAAAUCAUAAAAUUGUAGCGUUGGAAUGGACCCGCGAGGGUCAUCUAGUUCAACCCCCUGCAAUGCGGAAAUCUCAACUGAAGCAUCCAUGACAGAUGACCAUCCAACCUCUGCUUGAAAACCUCUGGAAGGAGAGUUCACCACCUCCCAAUGGAGACCAUUCCACUUUUGAACAGUUCUUACUAUCAGAAAGUUAUUCCAGAUGUUUAGUUGGAAUCUCCUUUCUUGUAACUUGAAUCCAUUGAUUCGGGUCCUAGCCUCCAGAGCAGGAGAAAACAAGCUUGCUCCAUUUUCCACAUGACAACCCUUUAGAUCAGCCUUUCUUAACCUGUGGGUCCCCAGAUGUUGUUGGAAUCCAACUCCCAUCACCCCUAGCUAGCAAGGCCAGAGCUCAGGGAUGAUGGGAGUUGGAGUCCAACAACAUCUGGGGACCCGCAGGUUUAGGACCACUGCUUUAGAUAUUUCAAGAUGGCUGUCAUAUAUUCUUUUCCAGGUUAAACAUACCCAAUUCCCUCAACUGUUCCUCAUAAGGCUUGGUUUCUAUACCCUUUAUCAUCUUGGUUGCCUUCAUCUGCAUACCUUCCAGCUUGUCAAUAUCCUUCUUCAAUUGUGGUGCCCAGAAUUGGACAAAGUACUCUAGGUGUGGUCUGACCAAGGCAAAAUAGAGUGGUAUUGGGGCACUAUACUUCGGUUGAUGCAGCCUAGAAUAGCAUUAACCUUCCCCCCCCCCCACACCACACUGUUGAUUCAUGUUAAGCUUGUGGUCUACUAAGACCCCUAGAUAGAUCCUUUUCACAUGUACUAUUAGCAAGCCAGGUGUCCCACAUCUUAUAUUUGUGUAGCUGGUUCUUACAUUUGUCCCUAUUGAAAUUCAUUUUGUUAGUUUGGGCCCAGUUCUCCAAUCUGUUAUGGUCAUAUUGUAUCCCAAUUUCUGCCUUCUGUGGCAUUUGCUACCCUUCCCAGUUUGGUGCCAUCUACAAAUUUGAUGAGCAUCCGCUUAAUACCUUUCGGCCCAAGACAAAAUGUGGCACUCCACUUGUCACUUUUUUCUAGAAUGACGAGGAACCAUUAGUGAGUGCAUGUCCGAUUACCAUUAGCAUUCCCUUGCCUGUGUAUAACAAUAAUAAUUAAUAAUAAAUUUUAUUUAUACCCCUCCCUCCCCAGCCAAGGCCGGGCUUAGGGCGGCUAACAAGCAAUAAUAAAAACAAGUUGAAUGAAUACAACUUAAAAACAAGAUUAAAAUACAACAUUAAAACAUUAAAACAUUGAAACAUUAAAAUGCAGCCUCAUCACAGGAGGAGAAAGGAAAAAAGAAAGAGGGGCAGGGAAUAAAAUUGACUCCAAUGAAACCCAAGAGAACAUGAUCACUUCCUCCCAAGGUUCCCAGUACUUUCACUUUGUUGAUCUAUUCCUCCCUGUUAUUGAGGAACAAGUCCAAGAGAGAAAAACCCCUUGUUGCUCCUUCCACCUUCUGUUUCCAAUAUCUCCCAAUUGUUGAUAGUGAUUGACUAUGAAGACAAAUCACAUGUAGUUAAGGGCUUUGCUCAGGUAACUGAAUAUAAAUAUGAGUUAAAAGUAUCUUCAACACGAUGGGGUAAGGCUAACUUUACCUUCUCUGCAUGGCAUAGUAAAGCCAUCAUAGGAUGAAAAUGAUGUGAUAGUCUAUUUCGGGUUCCACUACCUGGUGGGCCUCCCAUUGCUGUUCGACCCCAACUCCCAUCAUCUUCAGUCAGCAUAAACACUGGUGAGGGGUGAGGGGAAGUCUAAUCCAGCCACAUCUGGAGGGUGGCAGGUGCCACACACACACCGCUAACGUGGUGCGUUGCUUUUUACUUUGUUCCAAUGGCCACCUGUAAGUUGCUUUCAGAGUGCUUGCUAUAAAGUGGGACAAAUAGAUUUUUAAGUAAGAUAUUUGAUCUAUUAAAUGGUUUGUGAUUAUGAUUACACCAACAGGGUGCACAGCGCAGCACCAAACAACUGCAAAAAGACAGGGCCACUCGAUAAUGUCUUCUGCAGAUUAUAGUUAAGUGGAAGGUUAUAAAUGCACCCCCAGGGACUUGCAUGUGUGUGCCUGCUUUGGAUUGCUUAAUGUGACGUUGUUGAAUUUUUGUGCUUGCAGUGUUGCAUGGGAGCCGAUGGGAGAUGGCAAAAGAUUAAUUUCUCUGGCUGAUAAUCACUUGCUUCUGUGGGAUUUGCAAGAAAGCUCAAGCAAGGCAGUGGUAAGGCGUGUCACAAAUUACAACGAGGCCGUAUUUUGUGUGUGUUGGCAUUACUUUUCUGUACGUUUGUUUGAUUGAUAAGCAAGUUGCUAACAUAUUUAAACUGUAUUCCAAGCAGCAGCAAUGUGUGUGUGUGUGUGUGUGUGUGUGUGUGUGUGUGUGUGGCUUUUCAAAGGAAAGUAAGUGUUUUAAUACCUGGUGAGGAAAAUCUUUCGACAGCCAUGAAACAAUCUUCAGAAACCGCACAUUAUUCACACCCACAGAAGAACAGUCAUGAUUCUUCCUGUGUGAAGCCUUUGUUCAUCCUUUUUGGCCUACGUCUCCCCUCUCCCCCCCCAUGUUGGUCAACCAGCCGGUUCCUUUUUGGCUGUAUCAGCGUUCCCUCGAAUUGACCAAUAUUCUACUCACUGUCUCCCUCGCCAACAGUUGGCCAACUCUUUCUAGAGCAAAGUCUGUUUGCAUGCUGUGAUCAACAUUCUUGUCUGAUUGAAGUGUCAGGUUUUUACAGACAUGCUUAGCAUUUCCUCCUUCUCCUCUUGCUCCCCCUGGGCUGCUCUGCCUUGCCUUGCUUUAAGGUUCUUUGAAUGUUAAUUAGGCUUUUCACUGUCCUAGGCAGUCUCUUUCGUUCAUAAUCUCAAAGUUACCAUAUUUCUCCUUAAUUCCAAUCUGUAUCAAAUAUAAGCAUUUCCUUUGGGAAGUUCUCCAGUCUGUCACAAGUCAUACCACUUAAUAGAAAGGGAAUUUUUCUACUGAGCGUCGAGUUCUUGGGCUCUCUCAUUUACUUCGCUGGAAUUUAGCUACAGAAAUUCAUCACUGUCACAUGCCUUUCAUUAGCUGAGCUAUUCCUCCAAAUAAACAUUGUCCACAUUAACUCUUUCCUUGACUAUGUUUGCACGUGUUUAAGCAGUUGCUGUCUCUGUCAGUUGAGCUGUGGGCACUAUACCAUUUUUUGUAAUAAAAAAAAAAACAUUGCUCCAAAGUUACCCAGGUUCUAUGCUGUGGACAGCGGACCUGUGACAUUAAAUAAUUAUGCAAAUUAAGGUGAUUUGCAUGCAUCUGGUUGUUCUGCAUAAUUCCUGCUCAGCUAAUCAUGAAGAUGAGUGAAGAUCUCUGUAGGGAUACCUUCUAGUCAUUGGACAUUCUACCCAAACCACUACCACCCUGCUCCAGUUUAUGAGUCACCUCAGGCAUUUCCGGCAUGUUCUUUUCCAAAAUUAGCUUCACAAACAAAGAGUAGAAACUUUUCUCUUACUAUUGCUCCCUACAGGUGUUCUGAAACUACAUAUAAAGGGGGAGGGGACAAAUAGAUUUUUAAGUAAGAUAUUUGAUCUAAUAAAUGGUUUGUGAUUAUGAUUACACCAAUAGGGUGCACAGUGCAGCACCAAACAACUGGGAUUUAAAGAGGAAGGAACUCUGAUGGGAUGGGGAAGGAGGCCAUUUGAUGAGGUACCAGGGGCUGCAUAAAAUGAGGUUGAAGGCCACAGGCUGGUCACCUGUAUUGUUAAGGAAUACAGGUGUUUCAGGUCCUGUUUGUGUUCUAGGAAAUGGAGCACAAUCAUCAGCUUGAUACAUUUUCCUUCAUUUGUGCUUAGGGGCUAUUCCAUGUUCGUGAACCUGUUCAGAAGAGGUGAUGGUCCCUGAGACACAGUAGGAAAGGGGAGAUUAGGAGCAGAGCCUAGAAUUCUGUCUCUGCUUACACUGGAAAGAGAAUCGAGUGGAUUGUAAAGCACUGUUUAUUUGAAUGUGGGAUUUCCCUGAGCUAUAAGAUGAGUUUUUAAAAAUGGUGUACGUGUUGCUGUAACCUUCUGUGUAUGUAGGCUUAUCCUAGCAAUAUCUGAAAAGACCCAGCAUUGAGAGAGGUAGCACAGGUGAUCUUUUGACCAAACUCAUCCAUUUAUCUGUAAGGGUUCCUCUCUCUUUUCUUUUUUUUCAAAGGUGAUAAUGAAUUACCUUGUAAAAUGUUAUGAAAUAAAUAAAUAAAUAAAUAAAUAUUUUUUUUUAUCUUAUCCAUCAAUAAUUGACAAAUGUCGUCUGUGCUAGGUAGAACCAAGUGUAACUCGCCAACAAGUCAGUGAGGCAUGUUACGAAAUGAAUAUUAUCGUCCGACACAUGAAUAAUUCCCUGUUUUAAGUUUCAAGCUGUUCUGCUUGUUGCUUCUGAAGAGAGUUGCUCUGUACAGCUAGAGAGGCAUUUCACACGAGAGUCACUCACUUGAGUUGUUUCUAACUCGCAGCUGUCAAAUUCUGUCGCCUUGGAAGGAAAGGGACAGCUGAAGUUUACCUCCGGACGAUGGAGUCCCCACCAUAAUUGCACUCAGGUUGCGACAGCAAACGACACUGCCAUUCGAGGAUGGGAUAUACGCACUAUGACGUAAGGAGUGUGGUUUCUUCUUUCUGUCUAUAUGUGUAUCUGUAUAAAAGCUGUGUCUUUCUGGAAAGUUACUCUUCCAGCAGUGAUUUUUUUUUUUUUUAAGCAGGCUUCAAAAGUAGUCAUUUCACUAGUUUACAUGUCUAGUUUAGACGUCUGCCACGGAUUCAAUAAGCUAUAAAGGUAAAGGUAAAGAGACCCCUGACCAUUAGGUCCAGUCGUGACCGACUCUGCGGUUGUGGCUCUCUUCUCACUUUAUUGGCCAAGGGAGCCGGCGUACAUGUGGCCAGCAUGACUAAGCCACUUCUGGCGAACCAGAGCAGUGCACGGAAAUGCCGUUUACCUUCCCGCCAGAGCGGUACCUAUUUAUCUAUUUGCACUUUGACGUGCUUUCGAACUGCUAGGUUGGCAGGAGGUGGGACCGAGCAACGGGAGCUCACCCCGUUGCGGGGAUUCGAACCGCUGACCUUCUGAUCGGCAAGUCCUAGGCUCUGUGGUUUAACUCACAGCGCCACCCGUGUCCCUUCAAUAAGCUAUAGCAGCAGCCUAAAGGAUCCCUUUUCUUCACAUCCAGUAUGUACGGUAUGUGAAAAUCCUGCUGUUAUUAAGCUACUGAUAAAAAAAACCACCCCAUUCAUUUAAAAUAGAGCUAGGUGUGGAUGUUUUUAGAGCCGAGGUGGGGAAACGUUGGCUUUCCAGAUGUUGUUGCUCUCCAGCUCCCAUCAGGCUUUGCCAGCAUGGCCAAUGGUCAUGAAUGAUCGUGAUGGAGGGCAACAGCUUCCCCAUUCCUAUUUUAGAAUGUGCCAAUGCCAUUGAACUCAGCAGUUCAGUCCAGAGCAGAGUGACUUAAGUUUCCAUUCUGGACUGUUACUUUAACGCUGGCUGACUCUGGUAUACUAAUGACACCUUCUUUUUCAAAUUUUAGAGGUUUUUUUAGGGGGCGGGCUGGAGGGGGAGAUUAGCUCGGUCUGGAGUUUGCUCUGCUUUGUUUGAGGAGGGAUGAAUUUUAGGUUUCCAUUUGAUUUUGACAGUAUCUUUAGAGAUAAUGCAGCAGAAGCUUCCAAUCUAUUGACAGUCAGUUGCCUGGCACAACUGUGUUUAGUAUUGGGGCCGCAACGUAUCAAAAUUUUUGAAUGCCAACAAACCUAAAGCUUCAAUAUAAGAAAUAUAGGACUCCUUUCCUGCUCUAGUUGUAAUUUUGAUAAGCAAAGGAGUGAUGUUGUGCACAUCUGUUGCCAUGACAACAGAAGUCUGUGCAAGCUUUUUUAAGAUACAGCUUAUCCCCUUAGCACACAGUAAUUUAUCACUAGCCUCGGAAGACGGAUGUCUUGUAAUAACUUCUGCUGCCUUAAAGGGGGAGAUGACUUUAAAUUUGGUUUUAUGUCUCCCGUGUGCUCAUGGGUGCAGCACUAUAUUUCCAUUGUUUCCAAUUACAUUCCUUUAUACCCCAAAACUGAUUAAUUUGAUUAGGAAAAGUUAAAAAUAUGUAUUUAAAUGCUUAUAGUAAUUCUCUCACUUUCCUCUUCCAUUUUCUACAAUAAUAUGGGUUAAAACCUGACUUUGGGCUUCUACACUAGAUCAGUAUAAAUUGGAAUUGGACUCAUGGCAUGGCACCAGAAAAGUUCACAAAUGUGUGUGCUCAAAGCUGAUCCUAGUGAGCUGAAGAGAAGCAUUGUCUCUCUUAGCUUAAUUUUACCUCAAAGGCUUUGCUGGACUAGAAAAGAAGCUUGAAAGCUGGGGACAUAAGGCUGUGUUUGGAGCAACCUAAACCAAAGUUGAAGCUAGAUGGGGUGUGUACAUUUUUGGCGGUGGGCGACACAUUACUAGCAGCUGAGCAGAAGGCGCUGGCUCCAUUGCUGCGCCUACUCUUGCUUUUGACUCCACCUACUGGAACCUCAGAAGGUUGUCCAUGUAGGAAUGUGACCUUUGGGUUCAAAGCAAUUUCCUGACCCUCCGGGAAAUCAUGGUUCCCACCUCCCUCUUGUCUCGUCUGCUACACCAAGGCCCUUUUAGCUUCUGGACUCCUGUAGCUACAAAGUGGUGAGAGAUUAUAGCAGGGCUCCUCAGCCUUUUUUGAGCUGGGAGCCCAUUUGGAAAUCUGAGAUACUCUCAUGGGUGCCACAAAAUGCCCUUAUCCCUUCCCCAUAUUAUACACCUGGUCAUAUGCUGAGAUUUCCAGAUGGGAACCGUAUGGUUGUGCCACAGCCUGCUGAGAUUCAUCUUGCAACGUAUGGGGGGAGGGCCUUAUCUGUUGUGGCACCCAGUUUGUGGAAUCCUCUUCCCUCCAAAAUGAGGCAGGCCCUGACUUGAUCAAGUUUUUGACAGCUGCUUAGAGACCAUUUUAUUCACCCAGGAAUUUGCUGUUUAUUCAUGCUGAGCUUUUAGUAGAAUCACUGUUUCUACAGUGAUUUUUAUGUUUCGUUGCAUUUUAAUAUGCAUUGUUGUGAACUGCCCUGGUAUUACCCUAUGAAGGGGAUGUAUAAAUGUAUAAAUAUGCAAAUACACAAAUAGAUGAAUGAAUUUCAGAGAAGAAAAUGUGGUGGCACUGUUUUAAGCAGAUGGUCUCAUGACCAGACAAUAGUAGGCAGUGCGGCCUACAAUAUACAUUUCUUCACAUUCGUUUGGAAUAUAUUGCCUGCAAAACUUAAGGCAUGCCCACAGCAGUUGUUUGUAUCUGGCUACAUGCUCUUUGAUGGCACAUAUUCCAAGAGCUGGAAGUUGAGGGGAAAAAACAUAACCAAGCUGAUGGUAAAGUAAUUAUUGAACAAUAUGCUUAUUUAGAGUCCGUGCCUGUAAGAGGUAGCUGUAUGCAGUCCCUGUUCUGCCUUAAAUUCACUGUGGUACACCUCUGCCUUUUAUCAUAUGUGAGUGGCGAUUUGUGAGCUCACUAGAGCACCCCAAAUUUUCUUAUGUGGAAGGUGGGCUUUGGCACUGGUAUGAAUCUCAGUGAUGCUGCUGAUGUGUUAGAGGACAAGAUGGUGGCUUGAGUCUAACGACAAGGCAGAUGUUUCCCAGCACUAGCUGCCUGUGUGGCAUUGGAGGUGAUGCUGGUGUGUGUGUGUGUGUGAGUGAGUGAGAGAGAGAGAAUGAGAAUGAGAAUGAGUGACUGAAGCACCACUGUAACUAUCUGUACAUGUGCUGUGAUGCCCUAAAUCCGGUCUACUUGCCCCAGAAUAACCUGGCUAUUCACAGACAUACCGUUCUAACCCCAGAAGUAAUUUCAAAAGAGCAGAGCUGAUAUGCCAGCACUUGGCACCAAAGCAAACGCAGCAAGUUGCUGUUGUCCUAAAUUGAAGCAAAUUAAUUUGCAGUGCAAACAUGCCCCUUGUUUUCUAUUAGCACUGUGGCUGGGCUUCGCUAUUUGCCUUUUCUUGAUGUGCCUCUUUUUUUCUUUCCACCCCUUUCCUCCUGCAGUCAAAUAUAUUGUAUAGAAAAUGCUCAUGGACAGCUGGUGAGGGACCUAGAUUUUAAUCCCAACAAACAGUACUAUCUGGCUAGCUGCGGAGAUGACUGCAAGGUGAAAUUCUGGGACACCAGAAACGUCAGUGAGCCAGUGAAGACACAGGAAGAGCAUUCCCACUGGUAAAGUGAAUUUAUUUGGGUGAAGGAUUUAUCAAAUUGAAUCUGCUAAUUGUUCUUUUCUGAAAACCAUGCAAACAAGUUCAGCUGGUGCUGCAGAUAAUUUUUUUCUUUCUUUCCUCUAAGCAGAAUACAGAUAUUUUUAAUAUUUUAAAAGCUAGCAAAUGUUGAUUUGUUUUCUAGGAAGGUAUUGUCCUUACUGUAAAAUAGUUUUAAUGUGUUUCUACAGCAGAGAUUAAUGAUUCCCUUUUGUUGAAGAUUAAUGUAGAAAGAUUUCUAUAUAGCCAAGAGGCAGAGUGUUGUUCAGAUUUCAUAGAUUUUAGGGUGGCAGCAUCUGCGGCAAAAUAAUUCUGGGCCCUGAAGCGACUUCAGCACUGGCAUUGAAGAGGCAACUUUGUGGAAACAUCUUUAUUUACUGAGGAGAUUAUUAAGCCAUUAGAACAACAGAAAAUCUGGAGACAUUUGGUAUUAACAUGAUAUUCAAGAGCUCAGUUAAUAGUGUUAAUCCUCCCUUUGUCUUAUGGACUAUUUUAACCAUACCCAGCACAGAUUUGGGGUAAUUUUGGGCUCAACUUAUCACAUUAAUAAAUAAUCCACGUUUUGCUUAUGGGGGAAUGCUUUGUCUUCGUAAUAUCUGCAUGCUGUAUUUAAACAAUAAGCAAAAACUUCCAUUGCAGGAUUUGGGCUUUUGGGUCUCCCCCUCCUUACAACUUGUUGGUCGGCUCUGUAAAGAACUGGCCUUGCAAAAUGAAAUAAAAAGUUUUUAAAAGUAGGAGCAAAAGAUAAGGCUUUUGUUAAUCCCCCUCCUAGGCUUCAUCCAGGUAUUGACGUGAAUUGCUUUUGCUAAUUGCCUCCAGGGCAACUGCAGUGCAUUAAUGCCCAGUUGCCCAGUCCCAGACAGAAAUAACAUUGUAGAGCUAUUGCUGUGCUUACCCAAUACAUCAGGAAAGGCAGCAAUGCUAUCCGGCCCAAGAAAAAGAACAGUGUGUGUUUAUUUCUCUAGGCUGGUAGGAGCAGAGAGUUACAUUGGACUGAAAUGUGCAGCCCUUCCAUGAACAAAAGGAGUUACUCUAUUUUGGGAAAGGAUUUGAUCCAAUAGGGUCUUCCAUUCACAGUAUGGGGAGGAAGGGAGGUAGGAGAGAUGACUUGCUGAUAUCCACUCCUCUUGUCGCCAGCAGGAGCAUUCCAGAUCUCUCACAGAUCUCUGGAUCCAGUCCAGUGGUUUUGGGACAAGCAACUGGGCUGACAUUGUACUACAAGCUGGAGUUGCACUUCUCGGAUUAGCACAGCCAGUGUAUUCAGCUUACUGAUGCUCAAGUACAGAGAUAGGAAACCUGUGGCCCUCAGAUAUUGCUGGACUCCAACUCCCAUCACCCCUAAACUUUGGCCAUGCUCGCUGGGGCUGAUGGGAGUUGGAGUCUAGGGGAUUGCCACUAUCCCAUCCUUGCAACCUGUGCCUCUGAUUCUCAACACGGUUCCUAAGCACUUUAUUAGAGAGGCAAUAUCAGUGGCAUUUUAUUGUUGCUGUUCAAAGCUCACUAUAUGUCUUUCACCCCAUGACUGAAACAUCCCAUACAUGUUUUUCGGUUGCAUUGGACAAUAGCCAAUAUUUUUACACCGUAAGCACAAUUCUCCUUCCAAACACAGAGGUUCCUUCUAUUUGUAGAGUAGAAAAGUUGGUAUACUGUCCACAGCUUUCAAUAUAUAGACUUGUUUGAUAGCAGGUAAUAGAUUUCAGCAAUCCACUGAUGGAAACUGACUUGUCAUUUUGAAAGCUGUACCACAUGCUUUUAUCUGCGUCCUUUAGGUAGUGGUUCAACUGGUUGAUUCUGUGGUGGGGUUGAUGUUUUCAGGGUCUGGAACGUCCGCUACAAUCAUUCCCAUGACCAAUUAGUGCUGACAGGCAGCAGUGACAGCAGAGUCAUCCUUUCCAACAUGGUAUCCAUUUCUUCUGAACCUUUUGGGCACCUGGUCGAUGAUGAUGAACUUAGCGACCAGGAAGACCACCAGGAGGACAAGUAAGAAAAUACUUUGCUCUUAAUUAACAGACAUAACAUUUUGUGUGAGGUCUAGCGGUCACUUAGUUUGAUGAAAUGUUAUUUACUGAUUGUAGGGUUUUUGUGUACACACCUAAACGGUAAGUAGCUCAACCUCUGAAUUCAUUAGCUUUCAUACGGUUGUGGACGGGCACUUUUCUUGAGGUUUAUUCCUUUCCCCCUGAAACACACAUUCUGAAGUUAUAUGGUAGCACUGGCUUGGAUCUAAAGCCCAUGGAAGUCAAAAGGAGGCCAAUGGCUUCCAUGGGCCUGCAUAUUACACAGGAGGGGGAAAGGUUUUUCAUUUUCCAUGGAACUGUUUCUUUGUGACAUGGGUUGGAUGGGCAUUUCAGGAGAAGAGCAAAUUAUAUUUCCGCGCCAGCUAAAAUACUGGUGGCCUCUUGAAAAACUGGCACCAACAUUAAAACCACACAAAAAUAUUUCAGUGGGCUUCUGAUGCUUCCUUUUGCACUGCUCUGAGGACUCCUGGGAUUUUCGGGUAGCAUGGGUGUGCAUGUUUAGAACUGGAGAAGGGCGCCAGCAGAUCGUGCCUGCAGAAGCUUUUACUUCAUGACUAUUUCCCAUUUUAAGUCACUAAUGCACCCCAAGUGUGUGUGUGUGUGUGUGUGUGUGUGUGUGUGUGUGAUCAACUUAUGGAGAGUAUCACUUCCUGACUUUAUUAUUAGCAACUACACAAUAUUAGCAAAACGCAAUGUUUGUUUGGAGAAGCUUCAUUCUAAGCUAUUUAAUAGUUUCCUCCCAGUUCUAUAAAAACGAUAGACGUCUUAAUCUCUUCAAAAGAAUAUGUGCAGAUGUAAAAUGCGUAGGGGGACAAGUGUGUGACCCCCUCCCCCAGUUUCCAGUGGUGCACCCACUCCAUCCCCACCUUUCUAUCUGAGCAAGAAAGCCUGAAGAGGAUUUCCAACUGCAUUUGGCUGAUAAUACAGCCUUCCUCAUCAUGGGUGGCUUCUAAGCAUGUUUGGCCACACACAUGCCAACCCUCCCUUCAGACCUUUCCCCCACAGCAUGGAAAGGUUGGGGGUAGAGUGGAUGGGGAUGUUGGGAGUGGAGGUUAAAAAGAAACAAAGAGUAAAGGACCACUGGUUGGUUAAGUCCAGUCAAAGGCGACUAUGGGGUACGGCACUCAGCUCGCUUUUCAGGCCGAGGGAGCCGGCAUUUGUCCACAGACAGCUUUCCAGGUCAUGUGGGCAGCAUGACUAAACUGCUUCUGGCACAUCAGGUCACCGUUGAUGAGUGCCAGAGUGCACAGAAACGCUGUUUACCUUCUUGCCACAGUGGUGCCUAUUUAUCUACUCGCACUGGUGUGCUUUUGAACUGCUAGGAUGGAAGAAGCUGGGACAGAGCAAAGGGAGCUCACCCUGUUGUGUGGAUUCGAACCACCGACCUUCUGAUCAGCAAGCCCAAGAGGGUCAGUGGUUUAGACCACAGUGCCACCCAUGUGGGGGUGGGAGCAUGCACUUUGUGCCCACACACAUUAUUUUGAAUGCAUGAAGGAGGCUUGUGUAUCUCCCAGGUUGUUGCUUAUGUGAACAUUUUUUAAAAAAUAGGUCUCUUCCCCCCACCCCAGGUCUCUUGCCAUUUUUAAACACCUCACUUCUCUCCUGUUCACCCAUGGAUAUGGUAAACAAUUGUUCUCGUCUCAUUUCUCAUAGGCUUUUAAAUAAUGGAAAUCUACUGCUGCAUCCACCACCUCCUUCUUGCUCACUAUCCUAAACCUGCUCAGUUUCUUUAGACUUUGUUCAUGCCAUUUACCUUCCACAGACCCGUUGUCAUCCUUGUGGUUUCCCUGUGAAUCCUUUCCAAAUUGUCAACCACCUUCUUGAACUGCCGCUCUCCUCCAAACUGCGGUACUUCAGAUGAUGCUUAACUAGCGAUAAGCGGAGCAAUGUUAUCAGCCUUGGGAAGCAACGCUUCUGUCAUAGCUGCACAAAUAGAAUAGCAUUGGCCUUUUGUGCUGCAGCAUCGCAUUUUUGACACGCUUGGUUCAUUAUCCACCCUUAAGCGCUAACUCUUUCUCAGAAGCGCAGCUUCCUAGGCAGUCAUCUUUUCUUCUUGAACGUUUGGAUCAUCUUUGCUGCGGUGACAUUUAACAUCUUUUCAUGUUGGCUGCCUCCUUGUAGCCAUUCCAGCUCUCCAGCUGAUGGAGCUAGUUCUUAUCUUUUAUCUUUUAGUCUGUUCUCCAGGAGCUUUUCAGCCCCUCCCAGAUUUUAAGCCAUUCAUUGAUGGAAGAGUUAGUUAUUUGUGGCAUUCAUAGCCCACUGUUCCUCCAAAUUUUUUUCAGCAACAGUAAAAUAUGUAAUUCCGAAGACAUAAAAUAAGGCAAUUCAUGAUGUAUCAAAUAAACAUGUUUUGUUUAUUUGGUCACCAGAGAAGAGGCGAGGUGGACCUCCUUUAGGAAGACACCCUGGAGUCUGGAGUAGCUGCUUUUUAAAAAAUCCUCUCUUGAUUGCCUGCCAAUUGCACUCCAGGUAUUGGCAAGACACACACAAAAAACAUACCCCAAUUAUUUUUAAAACUCGGUGGGCUCGUAUGUUUCAAAUACUCCAUCCCCAAGUUGUAUUGGGCUUUUUUUUUUUUAAAUGCUUUUUAUUGGUGUCUCAUUUAAUACAAACAAACAAAAUACAGUAAAAUUCAACAGUCAUUUACCCACAUUCUUUCCCCACAUUCUGCUGAGCAUUGACUUCCUUCCCUCCCUUCAAGAGGUUUUCUUAUGUCAGUUACUUUUCCACAGUUUCUUAUUGUAUCCAAUCCUAUCUACAUCGUAAGAUUUAUUUCAGUCCUGCCAGAGUUUUCAGAUUUCUACAGUUAUUAUUUAUGUACUCCAUGAAUUUAUUCCAAUCUUUUUGGAAUUUUGCUUCCUCCUGAUUUCGGAUUCUACAGGUCAAUUUUGCUAGUUCCGCAUAAUCAACCAUCUUCGUCUGCCACUCCUCUAUUGUUGGUAAUUCUGGUACUUUCCAUUUUUGGGCUAACAAAGUUCUGGCAGCAGUCAUAGCAUACAUAAAUAACCUUUGAUCUGCUUUUUCUAUUUCCUCUCCCAUCAAGCCUAGCAAGAAAGGUUCCGGCUUUUUCGGGAAAGUGUAUUUAAAUAUCUUUUUCAAUUCGUUAUAAAUCUGUUCCCAAAACUGUUUCAUUUUCUCACAUGUCCACCACAUGUGAUAAAAAUCCCCAUCUUUAUCUGUGCAUUUCCAGCGUGUCUUACUACUCAUCCUGUACAUUCUCACCAGUUUAACAGGUGUCAAAUACCAGCGAUACAACAUUUUCAUUAUACAGUGGUGCCCCGCAAGACGAAUGCCUCGCAAGACGGAAAACCCGCUAGACGAAAGGGUUUUCCGUUUUUGAGUUGCUUCGCAGGACGAAUUUCCCUAUGGGCUUGCUUCACAAGACGAAAAUGUCUUGCGAGUCUUGAGAUAUUUUUUUCGCUUCCCCCCCCUUUUUCUAAGCCGCUAAGCCUUUAAUAGCCUUUUAGCAGCUAAGCCGCUAAGCCAAUAAACCUUUAAUAGCCGCUAAACCGCUAAUAGCGCUAAUCCGCUAAUCCGCUAAUAGGGUUGCUUUGCAAGACGAAAAAACCGCUAGACGAAGACACUCGUGGAACGGAUUAAUUUCGUCUUGCGAGGCACCACUGUAUUCUCUCUUAAGGUGGUACAGGCUGUAAAUUUUACACUCUCAUUCCACAGUUUUACCCAGGCAUCAUACUCAAUGUUAUACCCCAAAAUCCAUUAUCCAUGGGUUUUAAGUUGUGUUGGGCUUUGAACAUCCUAACCAGCUCUUUGAAUUGUGCCCAGAAGCAGACCGUCAGCCAGCGAAGGUUUCUAACAUGGGAAUCACAAGUUUCCUAUCCCCAGUAUUGUCCACAGUCUGGCUGCAGCAAUACGAACCAGUUGCAGUUUCCAGGCAGUCCCUAAAGGUAGCUCCGAGUGAAGUGUAUUAUAGCAGUCUAAAUGACAUAUAAGUGGGACAUGGGAUGCCAUGGCCAAAUCUGGCAUCUCCAGGAACAGGCAAAGUUGGUGCACUAAGUUUAGCUCUGCCAAUGCAUUCCUGAACACAACCAAAACCUGGACAUCCAGGUUCAGGGCCGAACCCAGGAAAACAACCGGAAAACUGAACCGGACCGCUUUGUAUUGUGACGUUUUGUUGCAUUUAAUGGAAUAAAAAGUCUUCCCUGCAGAAUAGGAUUGACUUAAAUGCCAACAUAUAGUAUAUUGUAGUGCUGAGAUCAAAUUAGAAUUAGGAGUAGGAUGUGAUUUGACAUGGGUUUAAUUUGAAUAUUCCGAUGGUCAUGCCUUUUAUGGAUUAAAUUGAAAAUCUCAACUUCUUCAGAAGCAGGAAAGAGAUGAUUCUUCAGGUUACUGCCUGAAGAUUUUGUUUGGCGUAACUUUUUUGGGAGUUGCAUGGGCCUCGUACGUGGCAAUGAACCGCUUGUUAAAUGAUCCAGUUAAAAUACUUGCUCUACAAAUGCAAGAGCCACAGCUGUUCAGUUCUCUGGCAUAGUCAAGCACCCAGUUUACAUUAGCUUUUUAGGCAAUCUAGCAAUGCAGUUCAGCAUCUUCUCAACGUAAAUAAGAGCAUUUGUGGGUUUUGCUACAUUUUAUCCUCGUAACAACUCUGUGAAAGGAGAUUAGACACAGAGAGAAUGAAGUUGUGACUCCCAUGGUUGAGAAGGCCAGUUCUCCCCCAAAAGAUCUUCAUUAUUUCUGCGAUAAAGAAUCUCCAUAUCAACACACUAGCACUUCCUUUAUUCACAUAGUGUCCGAUUCCACGCAGGAAACACACACACUUCUAUACUUACCACGGGAUUCAGUAUGCUGAGAACCUCAAGCUGGUUUAAAAAAAACCUGAAACAAGUUUCUAGACCUUAAUACACUGUGAAAUCCAGGACCCUGAAGUGUGGGUGGUAGCAAUACUGUAGUUCUUUUUCCCUUCCCAGUAUUACCAGAAGCAGAAUGAAGAAAUAAUAUUUAUUUAUUUAUUUAUUUAUUUAUUUAUUUACACCCCGCCCAUCUGGCUGGGCUUCCCCAGCCACUCUGGGUAGCUUCCAACAACAUAUUAAAAUACAGUAAUCCAUCAAACAUUAAAAGCUUCCCUAAACAGGGCUGCCUUCAGAUGUCUUCUAAAAGUCUGGUAGUUGUUGUUCUCUUUGGCAUCUGAUGGGAGGGCGUUCCACAGGGCGGGUCCCGCUACCAACAAGGCCCUCUGCCUGAUUCCCUGUAACUUGGCUCCUCGCAGUGAGGGAAGCGCCAGAAGGCCCUCGGCGCUGAACUUCAGUGUGCGGGUAGAACAAUGGGUCUGGAGACACUCCUUCAGAUAUACAGAUAUACAAAUAUACAGAUUUGCUUAACUUGGAUAACUUAUGCAGGUUGCAGAAUCCAGCUUUUAUUAACAUUUUUUUAAUUAAAAAAAUAGCAUAGUGUAGGCUUAGAAUUAUAACAGGAUCAUAUAUAGUAUAAACAGGAAAACAUGAUUAACAUGACAGUAAUGGCUAGUUAGGCAGUUUUCCAGCUGAAACUGCUGGCCACUACUGUGUUGCAAUUGUGGGAGGAAGUGGAUUCCUGUUCUUAACAGAAACCAACAGGAGAUGGCAGUUUAGGUAGGUGUCUCAGUCAGUGUUAUGCAGUGUGUGGUUGCUGAUUGGUUAGACACUCCAACUCACAUUCAGGGCUAGCCAGUCAGCAGCAGUACACUUGCAUGGACCAACUGAGACACCUCUUGUUUGUUUCUGGUAAGGACGGGAAUUUCUCUCCCUCGAUUGCUUGCAGACAACGUGUUUUGCCAACUGCUCCUCUGUUUAUGCAUAGUUCUAAAACUUCCCCUGGAUCAAGAAUUGCAUAUGAAAUGCCGCUCUUAUUUGUGUGCCGUAUGAGACGAAGUUGCACUAAAGGAGUUUAACAUUAUUUAAAUGUGAAUUAUGUCCCUGUUUAUUGGUAUGCUGUUGUUGUUUAUUAAUUCUCAUUCAGUUCAGAUCUGGAUACUAGUGCUUAGCAAAUUCAGCAAUUCAUUCCAAAAUCCAUAUUAAGACUUUAAUAGGCCAAACAGUAUGUCAGAAAACAAUGUGCAAACUUCUGAGUUCUUCAGGACUCUUCAUCGGGCUAGAUGAUAAACAGCAAGAGCAGGGAGCAAAAAGGUUUUUGAUGGCGCAGCCAUGCAGUCUGCAUCUGGUCAUAAUCUGAAAACAGUCUUUGAAGCAUUGCAGAACUCAUGUUGCAAACACUUACAACUGCAGAGUAACUCCUAUAAAAUAAAUAUGAUAAAUAUUUUAACUUGAGGAAUAUUUUAAUAUGCUAUUUGUGUGCACUCACAUAAUAUCCUUCAGGAAACUGUCAAAUCAUCCUUGCCUAUUGAGAGAACAGUAUAAAUGUUGGUUUCCAAAUAUAUUUUUUUCUACGAUGACUUGCAUGGCAGAAUCAGAAAAACACAGUUUAUCUCAUUUCAAGGUGUGUGUAUUUUUUCCUAAAGAAACUACCCUCCAGCAGUGAGCAAGCAUUGUAAUGUUUUAUAAAUCUCUCAUAUGGGCACAUACAGUAUAGAAUACAGUGUAGAUUUAUGGUCAUUUAUCUUUUAAAAAAAGUUGAAAAAGAUACUGAAAGGCAACUGAAAUUAUCCAGGGCUCAGUACAUCUGCUUAUGAAUAAAGCCUGAAUAGUUUGAAGUGUUGUUUUUUGAUUAGUUUACAGAGGUAAACUGAGUUGACAUAUGAUAGAUGACCUUAUUGAGGAUUUUCAUGGAUGAAAAGGAGAGGUAAAAUAUGUAUUCCAAUAUUUGGCUACUGGCUUAAUUGUUGUUGGUUUUUUUGUUGUUGUUUUCUUUAAAGAAAGAAAUAGACACUGAACAUUAGCUGUGGGUUUGUAUCUAAUGGUCUUGCUUAGCAGCGAGUAAGACUUCUGUCAGCAGAAAUGAUAGGGAAGUAAUUUUUGGCAAUUUCCUCUUCCUCCCAGUAGCCCCUUGCAACCCUCCCACCAUCUCUAGAUAGCCCCUCAUAUAUAUAAAACUUUGUCUACUGUUGGUAUGAAAUCUUGAGCCCACCUACCACCACCCACCAUGGUUGCCUGUGGGCCAAGAGAGGGUGGGAUCCAGAUGCAAUUCCUGGCUAGGCUGGUAGAGCUUCCUCGGGCUUGUCAUUCAAGUAGCAUAUUACUGCCUAAUAAUAAUAAUAAUAAUAAUAAUUUAUUAUUUGUACCCCGCCCAUCUGGCUGGGUUUCCUCAGCCACUCUGGGCGGCUUCCAACAAAGAAUAAAAAUACAUUAAAAUGUCACACAUUAAAAACUUCCCUGAACAGGGCUGCCUUCAGAUGUCUUCUGAAUGUCAGGUAGUUGUUUAUCUCUUUGACAUCUGAUGGGAGGGCAUUCCACGGGGUGGGCACCACUACCGAGAAGGCCCUCUGCCUGGUUCCCUGUAGCUUUGCUUCUUGCAAUGAGGGAACCGCCAGAAGGCCCUUGGCGCUGGACCUCAGCGUCCAGGCAGAACGAUGGGGGUGGAGACGCUCCUUCAGGUAUACUGGGCCGAGGCUGUUUAGGGCUUUAACACCUUAAAGGGGUUAUGCAUUGCGGUGCCAGGAGGGGAAACUCUGAUUGCCCUGUCCCAGUUUUGCGGCUUCUUAAAUAAACUUUUCAUCAGGCUUAUUUGCAUGCCAUUAUCGUUCCGCCAAGAGAAAAAUCAUAGGUCGCCACUCUGUUCCAUCAGCAGCGAGGUUCUGAAGCUUAGGCAACAUUUGGCAGAAAAUAAGCCCUUUGUGUCUUCCUGAAGUGCAGUCUUGUGUGGUCUUCACUUGAAAAAAAAGAAAGAAAGAAGGGGGCGGGGAGAGGCUUCUUCUCCAUUCUGCCUGCUACCAGCAUACUUUAAUCCCCAAAGGGAGAUUCAGCAAAAGACAGAACAAUUUGAGAGGACUAUAAAUAGCCGAGUGGAGCAGAUAAUGCACAACCGUGAUCUCUCUGCUAAGGCGGUAUAUCAUUCUUUAGCAUACAUCUCUCCACCACUUAAUUGUUUAAUUGUUACACAAAACAUUCGUGCAUCCAAUUGUGCAUUGCACCUGGCCUGAAGGAAGUGGGGGGCGAGCCAGCAACUUCCUUUGUUGCCUGUUUAUCGAGCUCCAGGUUAACCCGAGCUCCUGGUUAACUGAAAGUCGGCCAUGUCCCCUGAUAGGGGCGUGUGCCAUCCAUUGCUCCCUUGCUUAUUCGGAGACGUCUGAAAUCUCUGGGAUAAUGGAGUCUGAGAUAAGUGGGUGAGCACCGCGCGAGGCACAUAGCCGUCUGGGGACGUGACCAACUUUUCACGUCAGCCAGGUGCGUCUGCUGAAGAGCAGAUCUGGAAAUGGUGUGUGUGGGAGACUAAAUAGACAUAGCCUCCAGGAAAAGAAAAGAAAAGGUAUUUUUUUAAAAAAAAAGCAUAACUGAUUUUCUUUCGCAUGCAUAUUUAACAUUCAUGCUGCUCCUUGUUCUGCUGCAUAGCUACUACACUGGGAUUAUUUUAUUUGGUUCUUGAUGCCAAGCAUCAGAAACCACAGCGAAGCAUCAGUGUUCUAGCAUUGCCUUUCAGCAACAGGGAUGUGAUUUCAGUUUUAACCUCCCGUUUGCAACUUUGCUGUUGUACCUCCUAACGCCUUCCAGCAGCACAAACAGGAUCUUGAGCUAUGUCAGGGACUGGCUGGCUGGAUGAGGUGGGCACCCCCUUCCCAAGAGCCCUAGCCCCACCUCCUGGCAUGACACAGAAGAUGACUUAGACCCCGGAUGGUGGUGUUGGGACACUGGAGAGCAGUAUGGGGAAGGGACAAGGUGGAAAGUGCUAGAAGCAGGAGGUAUGAGCGAUCAAGCAGGGGUCAGAAGAAGGAGGCCAUUCUACGACAGGCUGAGAGUCACCGUGUGAGCGCAGACUCUGAUACAGAGGAGUCAGUUUGCCCUUGCUACCCAGCAGGAGGACAGUCCCAGUCCUGCUGUCUCUCCUCCCCCUCUGACACCCUGAUCAAGUAAGAAUCCUGCAUGUUCAGGAAUUGUUGUUUUUAUUCUUGAGGCGAACUAGCUGCAAGGUUGCCUUGGGUUCUCUUUAUCCAUCCUCUUUGUUGUAGAAACUGAUUUAAAUUUAUGCAUUCUGUGUUUUUAUAUUCUGAUUUUAUCCUGUGAACUGCCCUGAGACCUGUGUGUGUAGGACGGUAUAUAAAUUUAUUAAAUAAUAAUGUUGCUGAGCAAUGGGCUACACAGGCCGAGAGCAGCAGCCCACUCCCUUGGCGCAAAUCAUAUAAUAAGCAGCACAUUCCUUCUGUGCAAUAUGUAACUGGGCAUUCUGUGCUAAAAAUCCACAUACGUACUCUGUCUUCCACAUUUUUGCUUGAGAGGGCACUUCCAUAACAUCCCAAGUAAAUGAAAAAACAGUAUCCACUUCCUAAUAUAUUUUGCACUGUUAGCUUCAUGAGAAUGUCUUAGUCUUGACGUUCCAUCCCAAUAUCCUCGCCAUCAUAUUUUCUGCAUCUCGUAAUGAAAAUACCUAUAUUCAUUCCUUAGCCUUAGUUUCAGGGUACCAACGUUAUUUGCCAAUGUGGCAGCCAGUGAGCACCUCCAGUUUUUCUCUUGACUAAUCGUGCAGGUCAGGUGAACUUCACAUCAUCUGGUAUUGCAACUUGGUGACCACGACAUCCAUGUUUGAACAUCUGUGGAAGGAAGGAGCACUAAAAUACCCUGUAUUUUAGCUCUUUCAGAGACACAACCUGGGAACUUUUUAAAACAAUGUUUUCCAGAAAGAGAGAGAAGUGGGUUGAGGAGGAGGAGAGAAAGAAAAGCUGAUUUGCUAUGAUCUUCCUUAAUAAAUAUGUUAGCCAGCUCUUAGCUCCUUACACACUGCCCAGGCUUGUGCCCCGGGGAGGUCAGGGCUGGUUCAGCUGCAGGUCAGCAUGGAGACUCAGAGACGAGCAGUAAAGUUGAUUUUUUAUUCAAGGAAAUAGAAUACAAACAGAGAAACUUAUGGGGCAAGUAAGUUGCCCCAGUAAAUCAGUUGCCAGAAUUGACCAUCUGUGCCUCUCACUUUCCCCUAAGUCUCCUCCCUGUCCAGCUGUUUUCCCUGCAGUCUUAAACUCCAACGGGGAGAGCCCCCCCGUGCAACCUCUGGACUCGUCGUUCUGCUACAUGCAAAAGUCUCCAAGUCCUUAGAGACAAGGGGGGAAUGGGAGCUGAAUACAGUAGGACCAGCAGGCUCCUGUGAUCUGUUGCAGCCUCAGCCCCCACUUCCUCAGCUGCCUGUCUUACAUCUGCCGUGCUUUCUGCCUCUUCCUCUCUCUCACACAAGCCUGUUGCUUGUUCGGCAUCCAACCAUUUUGCCCCCCCCCCUUUCAUCCACUGUCCUACCACCACUUCCCUGGCUCUGAGCCUUCCUCUUCUGAGGCAUUUUUUGGAGGGUGUUCCAGCUGGAGCCUCCCACCACUCCUUACGUCUAGCCCAGUGGUGGCCAAACAUGGACCUCCAGCUGUUUUGGGACUACAACUCCCAUCAUCCCUAGCUAACAGGACCAGUGGUCAGGGAUGAUGGGAAUUGUAGUCCCAAAACAGCUGGAGGGCCAGGUUUGGCCACCACUGGUCUAGCCAGACCCUUAUACCUCGGUGCUGCUAACACAGUGGUUGGAGGUGCUCUCCAUUGCCUCUCAAGACAGGCAGAUACUAACAUCUUAGCUCUUGUAGGUACGCUCAUCAUUCUGUAGUAAGAGUGGCUGUGUGUGUGUGUGUGUGUGUGUGUAGCAUCACAGGAAAAUUGAUGUGAAGACAUCUGCAGCGACUCCUCAGGUGUUAUGAAUAUAACAUUAUUUCUGCUAAAUUUGUUCCUCUAGCUUCUUCUCCCGCCCUAAACCUGCACAAUUAAGGAGGAGCUUUACAGCACACACACACACACACACACACACACACACCUCUUUAUAUAUCAGAGUUGCUCCAAUCACUUGCUUUUUUUCCUUUUCCUCUUUUUAAAUUCUAGGAUUAAAGAACCACUUCAGGACAGCAUAAUAGCUACCUACGAAGAACAUGAAGACAGUGUCUAUGCGGUGGAAUGGUCUUCAGCCGACCCAUGGCUAUUUGCCUCGUUAAGUUAUGAUGGACGGCUUGUUAUUAACAGAGUUCCCAGAGCUCUUAAAUACCACAUACUGUUAUAAAUCUGUUCACAUUUCUUCAGCUUCAUUAUCUCAAUAUUGGCUGAUAAUUGGAAAUACUCCAUUUCUCAAAUAAGUGUCAUGAAAGGAAUAUCAGUCCUUUUCCCUCUAGUGUAAAUAUUUGAAAAUUAAAAGAACUGCUAUGAAAA